GAGCAGAGCUGGAGGAGGGGGAGUUUACACCUGUCAGAGCCGGUCUCCUCAGCCCAGAGCGUCCCAGUCUGACGGCACAUCGUGCCGGCAGACAUGUCGAGCCAAGCGCCGACGUUCACGCAGCCGCUGCAGAGCGUCGUGGCACUGGAGGGUAGUGCCGCGACGUUCCAAGCGCAAGUCAGUGGUUCCCCAGUUCCAGAGGUCAGCUGGUUCCGUGAUGGCCAGGUAUUGUCCGCCGCGUCUCUUCCCGGUGUGAGGAUCUCGUUCAGCGAAGGCCGCGCUGUUCUGAGCAUCCCCGCCGUGAACGCCUCCCACAGCGGACGCUACUCUGUCCGAGCAACCAACGCCACGGGCCAGGCCACCUCCACCGCAGAGCUGCUCGUCACAGCGGAGACAGCUCCACCUGUGUUUGUGCAGCGUCUCCAGAGCGCCACCGUGAGGACGGGCAGUGCGGUGCGUCUGGAUGUCAGAGUGUCCGGGAUUCCCACUCCCACAGUGAAGUUCUACCGCGAAGGAGCGGAGAUCCAGAGCUCCGCAGACUUCCGAAUCGUCCAAGAUCAAGACCUCCACAGCCUGCUCAUCCGAGAGGCUUUCCCCGAAGACAGUGGCUCAUAUUCAGCCACGGCCAGUAACAGUGCAGGGCGCGCCACCUCCACCGCAGAGCUGCUGGUGCAAGGUGAAGAGGCUGUUCCUGCAAAGAAAACAAAGACAGUGAUCACGACCGCGACGAGACAGACCAGAGUAGAGAAGAAAGUCGAGGCCACGUUCCAAAUGGAGGCCGUGGCUCUGACUCACAAGACUCCGCCCAGAGUCCCGCCCAAACCCACCUCCAAGUCCCCGCCCUCCGCCUCCCCCUCCCCCGCCCAUCCCGCCUCACCUGCCGGGAAAGUGGCAGGUGCCAGGCAGCAGUCUCCAUCACCUGUGCGCCACGUCAAAGCACCUACACCCACCCCCACCAGAGCGGCGCCAGGAGCAGCGGAUGUGCCUCCUCCCUGGAAGAAGACAGCGCCCCCCACUGGGCAACCACAGCCACAGCCACAGAAACAGGUGGAAGAGGCAGCACUUCCUGUCGAGGAAGGAGUGGUCCCGCCCACAAUCGUCUCUGGCCUGACCAAUCAGACGGUGACGGAGGGCGAGGGCGUGACCCUGCGCUGCCAGAUCAGCGGCAGCCCGGCGCCCGUGGUCAUGUGGUUCAGGGAGGACUUCAGGAUCCAGGACUCUGUGGAUUUCCACAUGAGCUACGUGAAAGGAGAGGCUCAGCUGGUCAUCAGAGAAGCUUUCGCCGAAGACAGCGGCCGAUUCACCUGCACCGCCACCAACCAGGCCGGCACCAGCACCACCUCCUGCUACCUCCUCGUGCAGGUGUCUGAGGAGAUGGACACAAGAGACGACACUUCUGCCCCUGAACAAGCAGCCCCCUCGGAGCCGGAGCAGCCCCCAGAGGAGCCGGUCCCGGAGAAGGACAUGUCCAGCCCUGUUUUCACGCAGACGCCGCAGGUGCAGAGGCUGGUGGAGGGGGGCAGUGUGCUGUUCCAGGCCUCAGUGCAGGGUCUGCCCAAACCUCAGGUGGUGUGGAAGAAGAACGGAGUGCCCAUCACCACCGGAUACAGAUAUAAAGUGACUUAUAAAAAGGAAACGGGCGAGUGCCGUCUGGAGAUCUCCAUGACCUUCGCCGAUGACGCUGGAGAAUAUUCUGUGACCGCCAAAAACCAGAGAGGAGAAGUGACCACCUCCACCAGCCUGAUGGAGGAAGAGGAAUAUGACGCUUACAUGAAGAAACAGGAAGAAGCAGCGAAACCAGUGACUCAAUCAAGCCCCGCCCCCGUGGAGGCCGCCGUCAUCACCGGACAGGAGUUCCAGUUGUCGGUGAUGGAGAUGCGCUUCUUGCAGGAGGUGGAGGUUCGUCUGAUGAAGCUCUCGUACUCAGAGCUGCUCACUCAAGAUGGAGAGACGCCAGAGACCGCCGCCCCCGGAGACACGGCACAACCCAACUUCACCUCCACCGUCAAGAACUACCGCAUCAGAGCCGGCAUGGGAGCCACCUUCCACUGCCAGACCCAGGGCAACCCGAGACCCAAGAUUACCUGGUACAGAGACGGGCAGAGGCUGCGUCCUUCUGACCGGUACCACAUGGAUGUUUUGGCUGAUGGCAGGGCCAGUCUCCGCCUCCCGGCCGUUACCCCUGACGACCAGGCCGUGUACUCUGCCCUGGCCUCCAACGCCUCCGGGAACGCCGUCUGCUCUGGAAAACUCUACGUAGAACCAGAAUCCCGACCAGGACUCGCCCCACAGCCGGCGCUGCAGAGGAUCAGCUCGGCCUCCCCCAGAGCCGUGAGCCUGUCUCCUGGUCGCUCUCCGGCCCGCUCCCCCUCUCGCUCCCCUGGACGCUCUCCGGCUCGUCGACUGGACGAAACAGACGAGAGCGCUCUGGAGCGACUCUACAAACCCGUGUUUGUGAUGAAGCCGGCGUCCGCUCGCUGCUCCGAAGGACAAACCGCUCGAUUCGACCUCAAGGUGGUCGGGCGCCCCAUGCCCGAGACAUACUGGUUCCACAAUGGCCAGCAGGUGGUGAGUGACUACACCCAUAAGAUCGUGGUGAAGGAGGAUGGCACACAGUCUUUGAUCAUCGUUCCCGCGGCGCCACACGACUCCGGCGAAUGGACCGUGGUCGCGCAGAACCGCGCCGGACGCAACUCUCUGUCUGUGACGCUCACUGUGGACGUUAAGGAGACGCUGGUGCGGCCUCAGUUCACGGAGAAGCUGAGGAACCUGAGUGUGAAGGAGGGCAGUCUGGUGGAGCUCGCCGUCAAGGCCAUGGGCAACCCCCUCCCCGACAUCGUGUGGCUCAAGAACAGUGACAUCAUCACGCCACACAAGCACCCCAACAUCAGAGUGGAGGGCACACGUGGCGAGGCGAAGUUCCAGAUCCCGUCGGCCGUGGGCGCAGACAGCGCCUGGUACACGGCCACCGCCAUAAACAAAGCCGGGCGCGACACCACCCGCUGCAGAGUGAACGUGGAGGUGGAGUACACGGAGCCGGAGCCCGAACGCAAACUCAUCAUCCCCAAAGGAACGUACCGCGCCAAAGACAUCGCCCCGCCGGAGGUGGAGCCUCUGCACCUGCGCUACGGCCAGGACCAAUGGGAGGAGGGCGACCUGUACGACAAGGAGAAGCAGCAGAAGCCCCAGUUCAAGAAGAAGCUCACCUCCGUCCGCAUGAAGAAGUUUGGUCCCGCCCACUUCGAGUGCCGCCUGACGCCCAUCGGAGACCCCAACAUGGCGGUCGAGUGGCUCCACGACGGGAAGCCGCUCGCCGCCGCCAACCGCCUACGAAUGAUCAACGAGUUUGGAUACUGCAGCCUGGACUAUGAUGUGGCGUAUGCCCGGGACAGUGGGGUCAUCACCUGUAGAGCCACAAACAGGUUUGGCGUGGACCAGACGUCCGCCACCCUCAUCGUGAAGGACGAGAAGGGGCUGGUGGAGGAGUCGCAGCUGCCCGAGGGGCGUAAGGUGGCGCGCAUGGAGGAGAUGGAAAAGCUGGCGCACGACGGCGGCCCCUACGGCGUCACGGCGGAGGAGCCCACGGAGAAGGCACACCCCGAAAUCGUACUCGCCCCAGAGCCUGUGCAGAUCAUAGAGGGAGACACGGCACGCUUCAGGUGCCGUGUGACCGGGUUCCCGGCUCCUAAGGUGAACUGGUAUCUGAACGGUCAGCUGAUCAGGAAGAGCAAACGAUACAGACUCAGAUACGACGGGAUUUACUAUUUAGAGAUCACAGAGGUCAAGUCCUACGACGCCGGAGAAGUCAAGGUGGUGGCUGACAAUAAUGUGGGUUCUGUGGAGAACGUGGUGAAGUUGGAGAUCCUGCAGAAGGAGGACUUCAGAGGCCAUUUGAAACGCGCCGAGGGCAAAGCGGAGGCGGCGCCCAGCGAGCCGGGCCGUGUGCCCUUUGAGGUGGUCAAGGCUGAGGCGCUAGGAGAGGAGGGACAGCUCAAGGAAGUGGUCAUGCUCAAGAAAGCACAGAGAAUCGUCCACGCGAAGGAGACUGAGGAGACCGAGGAGCUGAGGAGCAAGUUCAAACGCAGGACUGAGGAAGGAUACUACGAGUCCAUCACCGCUGUGGAACUCAAGAGCCGCAAGAGAGACGAGAGCUAUGAAGACCUACUGAAGAAGACCAAGGAGGAACUCAUGCACCGCAAGAGCGAAAAGGAGGAGGCUGAGAAGAAGAAGGAGGAGGAACGUCGUAAGAUAACGGCUAAAGCGCUUAAACCUGAGCGUGUGAAGCUGUCGGCGAGCAUGGAAGCCCCGAAGAUCCUUGAACGCAUCACGAGCCAAACCGUGGCCCAGGGACAGGAGGUCCGGUUCAGAGUGCGCGUCGUGGGCCGUCCAGACCCACAGUGCCAGUGGUUCAAAAACGGCGUGCCGUUAGAGAAGACAGAGAGGGUAAGCUGGUACUGGCCCGAGGACCACGUAUGUGAACUGGUCAUUAAAGACGUCAGGGCAGAAGACUCGGCCUCCAUCAUGGUCAAAGCAGCCAGCAAGGCCGGCGAGACCUCCAGCCACGCCUUCCUCCUCGUGCAAGCCAAACAGGUGAUCUCGUUCACGCAGCAGCUGGUGGACGUGAACGCCAAAGAGAAGGACACCAUGGCCACAUUUGAGUGUGAAACCAACGAGCCGUUUGUGAAGGUCAAAUGGCUCAAAGGCGAGGAGCAGAUCUUCUCAGGGGACAAGUACAGGAUGCACUCGGACCGCAAAGUCCACUUCCUGUCUGUGCUCACCAUCGGCAUGAAGGACGAGGCCGACUACUCCUGUGUGCUGAUCGAGGACGACUCUGUACGCACCACCGCCAAACUCUACGUGGAGGGAGAGCCUCUGGAGUUGCUGAAGCGUUUGGAGGGCACAGAGGUUCCUGAGAGCUACAGUGCAGAGUUUGAGUGCGUGGUUUCUCGUGAAGACGCUGAGGGAACAUGGUUCUUUGGGGAGAACCCUCUGACCCCCAGCAGCAAGUAUGUUAUGACAUCCAGGAGGGGGCGCCACUCGCUCUCAGUCAAAGACGUCAAGAAGGAAGACCAAGGAAAGUACACGUUUAAAGUGGGCGAGUUCACCACCAGCGCCUCGCUCAAGAUGAAAUUGCGCCCUGUGACUCUGAUGGCGCCACUCGCUGACCUCACAGUGUGCGAGGGCGACAUCGCUCAGAUGGAGGUGCGCUUCUCUCAGGAGAAUGUGGAGGGGGUGUGGCUAAAAAACGGCCAGCCAAUCACAGCGUCCGAUCGCGUGCACAUGGUCAUUGACAAAACCACGCACAAACUUUUGAUUGAAGACACAACGAAGAACGACCACGCCACGUACGGCUUCAGCGUACCAUCCCACGACAUCACCAGCAGCGCCAAGCUCAACGUACAGACCAUUGGGAUCCUGAUCCCUCUGAAGGACACGUCGGUUGUGGAGGGCACUAAAUGUGUUCUGGAGGCAAAGAUCUCAGCUCAGGACGUCAGCUCAGUGAAGUGGUUCCACAACGAAGUCCAAAUCUCAGGUUCUGACCGGAUCCAGACCGUGGCCAAAGGAGCCAAGCAGAGACUGGUUCUGAACCGAACCCACGAAUCAGACCAAGGACGGUACCGACUGGUGGUAGGCCGGGCCGAGAGCUCCUGCAACCUCACUGUGCAAGCGGUCCAGAUUGUGUCACCGAUGCAGAACAAAGAAUGUUCCGAGUCGGAGAACGUGGUGUUUGAGGUGGAAGUGUCUCACGCCGGGAUCGAUGCCUACUGGACGUUUAAGGGACAGGCGCUCAAAGCCGGCGCCAAAUACAAGAUGGAGUCCAAGAAGAAGGUGCACAGCCUGACGGUGAUGAACGCCAUGAAGGACGAGGAGGGCGAGUACGGCUUCGCCGCAGGAGAGAAGAGCUGCGCCGCCAUUUUGACUGUGACAGGUGGUGCUAUAAAGAAGCCUCUCAGAGACCUGGUGGUGGCGGACUCCCAGACGGCGGUGUUGGAGUGUGAGGUGGCCAACCCGGUGUCCCAGGGCCAGUGGCUGAAGGACGGGACCCCGGUCGACUUCAGCGAGAACGUCCACAGCGAAACCAAAGGCGCCAUUCGCCAACUCGUCAUCAACAUCACCAAAGCAAGUGACAUCGGCGAAUACACCUACCAGGUCGCCACGUCCAAGACCUCCGCCACGCUCCGGGUCGAGGCGGUCAAAGUGAAGAAGACUCUUCGUAACCUGACGGUGGUGCAGACACAGGAGGCGGUCUUCAGUUUGGAGCUGACCCAUGAGGACGUGAGAGGAGUUCAGUGGAUCAAAAACGGAGUGGAGCUCACGCCCAGCGACAAGUACAACAUCACCAUAGAGGGCGCCGUCCACACGCUGACCAUCCGCAACUGCGUCGCCACCGACGAGUCUGUGUACUCCUUUAAACUCGGCAAACUGUCGGCCAACGCCAGGCUCAACGUGGAGACCAUAAAGAUCCUGAAGAAGCCCAAAGACGUGACGUCGCUGCUCGGCGCCACCGCGGUCUUUGAGCUGAGUCUGUCCGAGGACGACAUUCCCGUCAAAUGGAUGUUCAAAAACACGGAGCUCGUAUCCAGAGACUCGUACAGGAUCAUGUCCGACAAGAAGAACCACAAACUCAUCGUACAAGACGUGGACACCAGCAAAGAGGGAGAGUACACGGCCGUGGUAGGGCAUCUGCACGCCACCGCCAGGCUCACGGUCGAAGCCCUGCGUGUGACCCGCCCUCCUCGCCCGGUGGAGGUAUUCGAGACCCAGUCGGCGGCUCUGGAGCUGGAGGUAUCUCACAUGAAUGUGCCGUCACUAUGGAAACGAGAUGGAUCUGAGCUGGAGAUCAGUGAGAAGUUUAGGAUAAGCAGUUCUGCAAAGUCCCACACUCUGAGGAUCAUGAACGCGACACAAGAAGACGCCGGAGAGUACGUCUUCAUCUGUGGCAGCCACAGCGUGAGCGCCAAGGUCACGGUCAAACCGGUGGAGAUCACUCAGCCCAUAUCGGACAUUAAUGCUCAGGCGAAGGACACGGUGACAUUUGAGGCCACCGUGAACGUGGAGAACAUCUCUUACAAGUGGCUGAAGAACGGAGUGGAGAUCCGCUCCACGGACCGGUGCCAGGCCCGGUGCAAACAGCUGAGCCACACCCUGAGCCUGAGAAACGUUCACUUUGGAGACAAUGCAGAGUACACCUUCUGCGCCGGGUCUGCCAAGAGCAGCGCCAAGCUUUAUGUGGAGGCUCGUGUGGUGGAGUUCACGAAGCAGCUGAAGGAUCUGAAGAUCACAGAGAAGAAACGCGCCACGUUUGAGUGUGAAGUGAACGAGCCCAACGUCCAGGUGAUGUGGAUGAAGGACGGACAGGAGCUGGAGAUGUCCGACAGAUAUAAAAUGAGUUCGGAUAAAUUCGUACACAGAUUGGUCCUUCCCUCCGUGCGUCUCUCUGAUGCAGCAGAAUACACAGCUGUGGCAGGGUCCAGUAUGAGCCAGGCCCGUCUCACUGUGGAGGGACGAGACUUCAAGAUCUCUGAGCCCACCUCCCAAGACGUCAUCGUGGUGGAGAAGCAGAGGGCCACGUUUGAGCUGGAGGUGAGUGAGGAGGAAGUAGAGGGACGCUGGGCCAGAAACGGCGUCCAGAUAAACUUUGCAUCAGAGGAACGGUUUAGCUACGCCACCAUCCGAAAACUACACCGCCUCACCAUCUCAGAGACAUACCGCAGCGACGCCGGAGUCUACACCUUCUACGCUGGGAAGAACAGCUGCGACCUCCACCUGACCGUCAGGCUCCCUGAGCCUCCUGAGAUCGUGAGACACAUGUCUCCUCUGGACGUGUCUGUGGGGAAGCCUAUCCGGUUCUCGGUACAGGUGAGCGGUCUGCCGGCGCCUCAUGUCACAUGGUACAGAGAAGGCGCCUCAUUGGACACCUCAGACAAAGUCAAGUUCAUGCACGACGCGGACGAACAUACACUGCUGCUCUUGGAGGUGGCGCCAGACGACUCGGGGCUGUACAGCGCCGAAGCUCGCAACGAGUACGGAGAAGCGACGAGCUCCGCCACACUCAACGUCACAGUUCCGGUCCAUGCAGAGAUCUCCCGCGUGUCUCCUCCCUCUCUACUGGUUCCUCUCAGAGACGUGCUCGUGGCAGAAGGACGCACAGCCCACUUCCAGUGCUCCGUCUUUGGGGACGACCUGUCUGUGUCCUGGUUCUUGAACGCUCUUGAGGUCCAGGAGUCUUCUGAGUUCCAGAUGUCUCGCUCUGGGGAGACGUUUUACCUGAGCGUGUCUAACGUUCAGCUGCAGCACGAGGGCGAGUUCUCCUGCGUCGUCUCCAACGCCGCCGGUGUCGUGACCUCUGCCGCCACCCUCAACAUCGAUGUCCCGACGUUUUCCUCUGAGGUGUCACACUUUGGAUCAUUUGAGCUGAGCCAAACCCAGUCCUUUGAGCUGAGUCAGUGUCAGACUCUGUUCUCCUCCUCCGUCUCCUCCUCCGUCUCCUCCUCCGUCUCCACGGUUCUUCACGGCUCUCGUCUCGAGUCCUUUAGUUCAGAGCUGGAGUCGGCUUUUGGAGCGGCCCCUCGUUUGGUGGAGGACAUGGAGGAUGUUUGUGUUUCCACGGGGGAGGAAGCCCGAUUCCAGUGCACCUUCGUGGGCUUCGAUGCCGUGGAGUGGGCCCAUAAUGGAGCCGGGCUGGACCCGGACUCGGAGCGGGUCCGGACCUUCAGAUCCGGGCCGAGCGUGGGUUUGAUGAUCGCGGCGGUGAGCCAGGACGAUCAGGGCGUGUACCGGUGCACCGCCGCUAACGCUCACGGCAGCACGGCAGCGUCGGCUCGGCUCACGCUGCAAGAUUUACGAGCCACCCUCUCUUCAGACACCCCCAUUUCUGCCGAUUCUCUCCCCCAAACUGUCCCCAAAGUCACAGCACCACACGGGGCUCUGCGGGAAUCUAACCCACAACCACCAGAGCCUAAACCAGACCCGGACCACGUCUCCAGCCUGGAGGAGACCCUGCAGACGCGGCUCUUCUUCCCCGAUUGGGAGGCUCCGCGUGGGGCAGACUUUGUGGUGAAAGUGCCCCUGGAGCUGCUGCGGCGCUCGGGCGUUUUCAGACGAGCCUCGGCCGCGUUAAUGCUCUGGUUUUACAAUCGGAUCAACACGGACGCAUUUUACAGCCACAGUCUGGGGCCUAAAGUGACUGAAGUGGAGGGCAAACCGUCGGCUCAGGCAGCGGAGGCUAAAGACAAACCCGACCCUCGGCCCAAACCCAAACGCCUCGCCUCGUCUCUGGACCGAAAGAGAGAAAAGCCUUCUUUCCUCAGCGAACUCUCCCGGAGCGUCUCUGCGAUCCUCGGCCAACCGUUCACGUUUACCGUCCGCGCCUCCGGAUUCCCCAAACCCGCCGUGACCUGGUUUCACGAAGGAAACAACAUCAGCUCCUCCUCUCUGUACGAAUUCACUCACGAAAAAGAGGAAUUCAGCCUCGUGAUCCGCGAGAUACGCCCCGAGCACGGUGGAGAGUACGCGUGCACGGUUAGCAACAGGUUUGGCCAGGCUACGUGUAAGUCGUAUUUAAACGUGGAGGUGAGAGAGACCAGUAAGCCGCCGCUGUUUACCAAGACCAUUCAGAAUGUGCAGGUUUCCGAAGGGGCCGAGGCGCUGUUCGGCUUUGUCGUCAUGGGAACGCCUCUCCCUGAAGUCACAUGGUUCAGAGGAAACGCCCAGCUUCAGCCGAGCACGCUCCAUGUGAUCGUGAUGAACGAGGACGGCAGCGGGUUUUUGAGCGUUAAAACCGUAAAAGCCGAAGACAGCGGCGUGUACGUGUGCAAGGCCGUUAACCCGUUUGGAGAAGCGUCGUGCAGCGCUGAGCUCUUGGUUUUAGUGAAGAGGAGUUCGGGUUUGAAGAUUUCGCUCGCGGGACAAAGCGAAAUACGAACAAACCGCGAAAGAUCCGAUCAAAUGAUUUACACGAUCAGCACAGACGAUAGGCAGAUCAUACCGAGCGAAGAGGUGCAGGCGCUAACCGCUGUGGACGUGCUAGCCGCGACGCUACACAAAGAAACGAUAACGCAACAGGCCGCCGUGCUACUGUCUCACGCGAUACAGGAGAGGGUGUCGCCGGCGCCGACCAAACACCCGGAAUCCUCCUUUGCUGUUCAGGGAAAACAGACACGGAUGGCGACGUUUGUCUCGUCCAUUGAAGAGAAACAGAAGAUACUGGAGCAGCACUCGGAUCGAAUCCUGAGCCCCGAAAUCUCAGAAGUUUGUUUCAUAAAAGAGGAGAAGUCCAAACUGAUGUCGGCCACGUCUGAGGAGGUAGUCCCUCUGAGCACUGUGAGGGCGGAGCUACUCAAAGACAUCGCUCCGGAAAAAACUAAUGUCUCCAUGGAAACGCGCCAGAUUCUGAGCUCACCACAAGUCACCUCCGCUUUACCGAUUCAAGACGAGACGCUGGGGCAGAUGUUCCGCCCUCUAGAGGAGAACAGCUUCAGAGUCACAGAAGGACUAAAGAUUCUGUAUUCGGCUCAAACGUCAGAACAGAUGCUGCUAACAGAAAGUCACACAGAGACGAUACGAGAUGCACAUAAGCCCACAAAACCUCAAACUCAAAAAGAACUGCCUAAAACUAUAGUGGCGCCCGUGAGCCAAAUCAGAACACAGCUGUUCAAAGAGGAAUCGUUUGAGAUAACCAAACCACAGCAGGAGAAAGCCGCUCACGUGAAGGACUUAGACGUCAAAUCAGCUGCAAACGUAGAAGAGCGACGUGAGAUCCAGGCCGAGCAGCAGGGGGCAGUGCAGAGUCUUGAGACAGGAGUGAGUUUGGAGGUUGAGAGGGAGGAAGAGAGGGUGCUAAAGCUACAGGUUAGCUCCAAACACGACGUUUGCGAAGCGGAAGGAAGGUUUAGUGUUGAAAAACCGAAUCCAGAACAAGCCGAGGUCAGGAAGAGUCCAGUGAUUCUACAAACAGUGACCCAAGACGAACAACGGACUUUAGUGUGCGAGAACUCAAAGGAGAUCACAGAAAAACCCAAUGCAGAAUCGGCUCAUGCCACAAAACAGUCUCAGCAAAUGAAGUACCUACAGUGUGUCCACUCUGCGACCGUUUUACCAAAAGAAAAUGUGAUAAAAGAGACCAAAACUGAAGAAUUUACCGCGACUUCCAGACUGGAACGGGCCCGGAAAAACGCUGCGAUCUCUGAAGAAAGACGAGAGCUAUCAGCAGAGCGUGAGGGGGAGCUAAAAGUCGCCGUUUCAGGAGUUAGACCCGAGAUUCGUAUGGAAGCGAAACCAGUCAAUGUGCUUCCUGUGUCUGUUUCCGUGACGCAGUUGUCCAAAGAGUCUCCGUUUGUUUGCGACUUGAAACAGCAGCGAGCAUUGGUGCAAAAAGAGGAAUUCUGGAACAUUCUCCAGCCAUUAAAUGUGAGCGAGACCCGCGCUUUAGAAGAGGGGCACACGGAUGACAUCACGAUAGAGGCGGAGUUUAAACCUGUCAUUAAAACUGAGCCGAAAAUCCCCAAACGUCCCAUUUUUAUUGAGGAGAAGGCGCUGGCGACAGAGAGCUGCGUGGUCUUAGACGCCGCUGAACAAGAUUACGCUUCUCAGAUCCAGGAGGGACAGGAGGUGCGGAGGUCGGUGGUGCUGGAGGAGAGACAGGUGCUUUUGGGAGAGAGGUCUGAGGAGAUACUGAAGUCUGAAGAGCAAAACGUGAGCGUGACCCAACAAAACAAAGAUGUUAUAUUUGUACACGAGACACGAGACUCUGCAGAGCUUCACAAAGAGCUACAUUUCCACGUUCAAAUCCCCAAAACGUCAAAGGGAAACUUGAAGCAGCAGGUGAAAGAGGCACUGAAAACCGCCGUCGCACAGGAGCAGCGCGUCAUGCUAGCCGAUGUCGUAAGCGCGCUAAAACCGACGGAAAUAAAGGAAGUGAGUGUCACUAAACAGCCAAAACACACCACGUUCUCCUACCUGAUCACAACGCCGGGACAACCCAUAGAGAUCACGCUCACCUUAGACAGCGAGUAUCCGCAAAAAGCAGAGCUGAAAUCUGAACUCCAGGUGGCGCUACAUGCACUGCUCUUCCACGAUCAACAAGGUCUAACAUCUGAGCAACCGCGUCGAAUUCAGGUUGAAAAUAAGCCGCAGAAUGCAAACAUCACCGCAGAAACGACUAAGAAACAGGUUCAGUCGACCGUCGUGAAGGAGCUGACGAUCGAAGAGAGCGCGGUGACGUUACAGAGCGAGAACUUGCAAAAGGCCGGGCUCAAAACUGAAACUAAAACGUCUUUUCAAACCGCGAUAAAAUUCGAGCGUGAGGAGUACAUCUCCGAGGCCGUAAUCGUCGGCGAAAUGACGGAGACGGUGUCGGACUCUCCGGUGAUCGCUGAGCCGCUACAGGAUGUGUUUGCGGAGGAAAACGGCGCCGCUCUGUUUGAGUGUAAGAUCAAAAACGCAGAAAAAACAACAUGGUUUCUGAGUGGAGACGAGGUGGUGCCGGGCCGAGGGCUGAGGAGCUCCAGAGACGGCGACACAUUCCGGUUGGAGAUUGGAAAUGUGUCUAAAGGGAGACAUGGAGCAGAGGUGGAGCUGCAGGCGACGAACCAGAGCGGAACGGUCCACACCACGGCACGACUGGCUGUGGUCCAGAGAGUCAAACCCGUUUUCCGUCACCGUAUUUCUCCGGUGGAAAUAAACAUUGGAAACUUGGCAAAGUUUGAGUGUGAGACGGAGGACGCUCCAAACGUGACGUUCAAAUGGUUUAAAGACGGCAAGCAGCUGAAGGAGGGAGAGAGAGUCCGCAUCAUCAGCCGCGUUAGCUCCUCCUCCCUCGAGCUGCUCAGCUCUGCCAAAGACGACAGCGGCGAAUACAUGUGCCGAGCAACCAAUCAGCACGGCUCUGACGAAUGCUCCGCCCCCCUGCACGUCACAGAGAAGUCUGCUCCGGUCUUUGUGUCUAAGCCGGACAGUCCCCAGAGCGUGUUUGUGGGCAGACAGGUACAGUUUACCUGUGAGGUCAGAGGCUCCGCCCCUCUGACCGUGCUCUGGUUUAAAGACGGCGUGCCCGCUCAGGCCCACAGCACGUUUGAGGCGGGUAAAGCGUCUCUGGUGGUGCCCCGCGUGGAGGCGGGCCACGGGGGCUUGUACGUGUGUAGAGCCUCUAACGCUCUGGGGCAGGCGGAGUGCGAGGUAGAGCUGAGUGCCGUGGAUAAGCCGCACUUUGUGUCGCCCCUGGCGACGGCGGCGGCGGUGGUGGGCGCGCCUUUGCACCUGGAGUGUAGCGUGGACGAGGACAGAGGCGUGAGCGUGACCUGGACCAGAGACGGGCGAAAGGUCCACCAGUCUCCGGACUGUAAACUUUCCUUCGAACACAAAAAGGUCACGCUCUUUAUUCUCAAAAGCACGCUGAAAGACUGCGGCGAAUACACGUGCACCGCCAGCAACCAGGCGGGCAGCGCCACCUGCUGCGCCACCGUCAAAGUGCAAGAGCCUCCGGUGUUUGUGAAACGCCUGGAGAGCGCCACCGUGUGGAAGCAGGGCGCCAGUGCCCGUCUGCAGUGCUCCGUCAAAGGCUCUCCUGAACUGAAGGUUUUGUGGUUCUGUAACGACUCUGAACUCAGACCCAGCAAUAGAAUCUCUAUGAGCCUAAAAGAGGGCGUGGCCACCCUGGAAAUCCAGCAGGUGGCGCUGUCGGACAGUGGUACUUACAGCUGUGAGGUUCAGAACGACAGCGGCUCUGAGCUGUGCAGCACCAAAGUCACAGUCAAAGAGCCUCCAGAGUUCCUGAGGCCCCUCCAGAGCGUGGAGGCGGUCCGUGGAGCCGUGGCCCAGUUGGAGUGUGCCAUCUCUGGGUCGGCUCCGUUCGAAGUUUCCUGGAGGAGGAACAAAAAGCGUUUGGCCUCGGGGCCCAAGUUCCAGAUGGUGAGUCUGGGGCCUCACGCCUCCCUGGAGAUCCGCAGCUUUGAGAGCGCAGACGUGGGAGAGUACGAGUGCGUCGUGUCCAACGAGGUGGGCACGGCGGCGUGUACGGCGAGCGCCCGGCAGAAAGAACCGCCCAUGUUCUCCAAGCGUUUGGAGAGUGCGACCGUGGUGAUGGGGAACGCGGUGAAACUACAGGGCGCCGUCAAAGGCUCCGCCCCCUUAUCCGUAAAAUGGCUGAAAGACUCAGAACUGCUCCGGGAUGACGACCCGAGCGUUACCAUGACGUUUGACAACAACACGGCUGCCAUUUCGUUCUCUUGCGCUGAGCUGAAACACGGAGGGAAGUACAGCUGCGAGGUGGAGAACGAGGCGGGACAGGCCAAGUGCGACGCACACCUGACCGUCCAAGAGCCGGCACGUGUCCUGGACAAAGCCGCCUCCAUGAGCGUUACCACGGGCGACACGUGCACGCUGCAGUGCACGGUGAGCGGCAGCCCCGAACUCCACACCAAAUGGUUCAAAAACGGCAAAGAGCUGACUCAGGGCAGAAAGUACAAGUCCAGUGUGAGAGGAAACGUGGCUGUGCUCAAAAUCACGUCUGCAGAGACCAGCGACACUGGAGAAUACCACCUGGAAGUCUGGAACCAGGUCGGAAAAGACCGGAACGUCUGCAGCCUGAGCGUCAGCGAUCGUGCGGUCCCUCCCUCUUUUCCCAAAGCGCUGCAGCGUGUGGCUCAGGCUGUAGGGGGCGCUGUGGUGCUGGAGUGCCGCGUGGCCGGCUCUCAGCCUCUGACCGUUUCCUGGUUUAAAGACGGUCGUGAAAUCACGAAACACGAGCGUUUUUCUGCCGAGUUUAACGAAAACACGGCUGUGCUCACAAUCCGAGGUUUAACUCUGAACGAUGCCGGAGAGUUCAGCUGCCGAGCCCAGAACCAGGCCGGAACCAGCCAGACCUCCUCAGAACUCUGCGUCACAGAGACCCCAGUCUUCUCGCUCACGCCCCCUCCUCAGCUCAGCGCUAAACCCGGCUCUGACAUCCUUUUGCGGGCGGAGUUCUCAGGCUCCGCCCCUCUGGUGGUCAGGUGGUUCAAAGAGCAGCGGGAGGUUUUUCCCAGCCCCAAAGCCUCAAUUCGGGGAGAGGUGAGGGGCGAGGGGUCCUGGUCCAGCCUGGAACUUCACACAGUUCGAACCGUGGACUCCGGUUCCUACACCUGCCAGGUGUCCAACGAGGGCGGGAAAACGCUGUGUAGCUCCACCCUCAGUGUGCAAGAAUGUCCUCAUUUCACUCUCAAACUUGAGCCGGAGUGUUUGGUCCGGUUGGGUCAGAGCCUCAGUCUGUCCUGCAAAGUCCAGGGCUCUGUUUCUACGGUAACCUGGUCCAGAGAUGGGUCUAAGUUAGUCCCGGAUCAUAACCAGACUAUGAUCUUUGAUGGGACCUUGGCGUCUCUGAAUAUAGACCACUGCUCUGAGGAGGACAGUGGAGUGUAUGAGUGUGAGGCCCAGAGUGAGGCCGGCUCAGAUCAGACCCACUGCCACGUCCGAGUCCAAGCGCCCCCUGUCUUCACAAAGCCGUUUGCGUCGGCAGAGUUUGUGAGAGGAGCUGAGAUGGUGCUGUGUGCAGAUGUCUCAGGCUCUGAACCUUUUGAGAUGAGUUUUUAUCUGAACGAGAAGCUUCAGAGGAGCGACACGCGCAGGACACUCAAAAUGGAGGAUGGUAAAGUGACGCUCCGCGUGAGCGCGUGUGAGAGCGCCGACAGUGGCGCCUACAGAGUCCUCCUGACCAAUCAGGUCGGAGAAUGCAGCUGCACCAGUCAUGUGACCGUCACAGACCCCCCCGUGUUCGUGGAUGUUCCCCAGGACGUGAGCUCGUCUGUGGGCUCAGACGUGUGCCUGAGGGCCUUAGCGUCUGGAUGUCUGCCUCUCGCGUUCGUUUGGACCAAAGACGGCGGCGAGCUCAGAGAGGACGGCCAUUUUAAGGCGUCUGUCGAUAAUAAAUGUGCUAUUCUGAACAUUAGAGACGCACAGGCCGCUCACACAGGAACCUAUGUGUGCGAGGCUCGGAACCGGGCCGGAUCUGACCGAUGCAGCGCCAUCCUCAGCGUGCAAGAGCGUAAAGUCCCUCCUUCGUUCACCAAGCGUCCUUCAGACUCUCUGGUGGAGGGAGUGGGCAGACAGAUCCGGUUGGAGGCUCGGGUGUCGGGGUCUCAGCCUCUGACCGUGACUUGGACCAAAGAUGGCGCCGAGGUUCACGCUUCGGACAAACACGAGAUGAGCUUCGAGAACAACGUGGCGAUGCUCAUGGUGAAGGACUCUGCAGUCAGCGACUCUGGACUCUACACCUGCAACGUUAAGAACCAGGCUGGCAAGACCUCCUGCAAAACCAGCCUCAGCAUCUCUGAGUCCGGCGCUCCUCCUCAGUUCACGUCUCCUCUCAAACCGGUGUCAGUGGCAGAGGGAGAGAAGCUUACCCUGCGCUGCUCGGUCUCUGGUUCUGUUCCUCUAACAGUUCAGUGGAUGAAGGAUCGCCGCGAGCUACUCUCGUCCGGUAACACCAGGAUCACCUUCUCCAACGGCACCGCCACGCUGGAGGUCAGUGCCUGCUCCAAGGCCGACGCCGGAGACUACCUCUGCAAAGCCAGCAACGCCAGUGGAGCCAACUUCUGCAAGGCCCGAGUCACCGUCAGAGACUCUGGCACUAAGGCCCCAGCUCCUGAGACGACAGCGCCCUCUGCUGCUCCUGCACCAGCCAAACGCCUUGACAACCUGUUCUUCAUUGAAGAACCGCGCAAUAUCUCCACCCCCGAGAAGGGCACAGCCACCUUCAUCGCCAAACUGGGCGGAGACCCAAUCCCGAGCGUGAAGUGGAUGAAGGGGAAGUGGCGGCAGGUGACCCAUGGCGGGCGUGUGUCUGUAGAGCAGAAGGGUCCCGAUGCUCGUCUGGAGAUCAGGGAGGUCACCCGCUCUGAUGCCGGACAGUACCGCUGCGUUGCCACAAACAAACACGGCGAGAUUGAGAGUGCCGCCGAACUCAGUGUCACCAAGAAGGAGGAGAUGGGAGGAGCAGGAGACUUCAGGGCCACGCUCAAGAAGACUCCAUCAAAGCAGAAGAGUCCAAAGCGCGAGGACAUUGACAUCGUGGAGCUGCUGAGAGGUCACGACCCCAAAGACUACGAGAGGAUCCUGAGAGAACACGAGAUCUAUGACUACAGAGCCAUUCUGCAGGCCAUCGAGUUCCUGAAGAAGGAGAAGGCAAUGGUCACUGGCAGACCGGAGGUGGAGCAUGGUGGUGCAGUGGAGGAGGAGGUGAUGGCACGAUUCAUGCAGCAGAUGGAAUCCAGAGCAGGAACUGAGCCUGUGAACGUGAUGGAGGACAUCAGUGACCAGGCGGUUGGCGUGGGCGCGUCGGCCAUGUUUGAGUGUCAGAUCAGUAUAAACUACCCUGAGAUCUCGCUCACGUGGUACAAAGGAACACAGAGACUGGAGCGAGGAGACAAGUACGACCUGGGCUCGGCCGGAGACCGCCACUGGCUCAAAGUCCUCAAGUGCGACGCCAACGACCAGGGAGACUACCGCGUGGUGUGCGGACCGCACAUGUCCAGCGCCCAGCUCACCGUAGGAGAGUCUGAUCGUUUUGAGCGCAGACGUGAGGUAACGGAGGAAACUCGUAGAACCGCGAGUGUCCAUCAAACCAAAGAAUGGAGUGAGUUUUAUUCUGCGGAGGAGCAGACGCACAUCAAAGUGUUCUCGCGUUUGGAGGCGGAGUCUGUCUCUCUGCAGUCCGUCUCAGACGACAGAAAACGAGUGGACGAAACGAUGGAGAGGAGAGAAAUGGACGCGACCCGAGCUCCAGCUUUUGACCAGGAGAAGAUGUGGCCUGGUGAUGUCACAGUGCGUGCCCCGCCCACCAUCACAGUCCCAGCGGAGGAGCGUCUUCAUGAAGUGUUCCCAGAGCGAGCGGCAGAAGUCCCGUCCAAAGUUGCUUCAGAAUCUUCCGGACCCGAUUUUCCGAAACAAAUUCAGAAGUUUCAAGAAACGAAAGUUGAAAUUUCCAAAAUGGAGGGCGAGAAGAAAAUUGUGGAAUCUCGUAAAGUCGUUUUGAAAGAAGAGACGACACGGACGGUCGAAGUCGCGGAGCCAAAACGCAAAUUACAAGUUCAAGAAAUGAUCUUUGAGGAGGAGAAGAAGACAAUGGGGGUUAGGAAAGCAGAAGUAUUUGAGGAGUUUGUCACAGAAACACCGAAAAUAAUCCAUGAAGAACCGAAGAGGAGCCUAGACACAGAACGAGCAGAACAUCUCCCUCAAGCUUUGGUGUUACAAACCAGAGAAGAACCGUCUGCUCAGGUCAAACCCCUUCAGACACAAGAGGUGAUCUCUGAGGUUAGACAGGUGCAGAGGUCCUUGGAGGAAGCGAAGGUCACAGUGAAGAAGGUCGAGUCAAAGGCAGUUCCGGAGACACCCAAACGAGUGCCACAACUAGAACAACCAGCGCAAACUUUGGUUAAAGAUUCUGAGGCGAGACUAGAACAGACAAUAGUCAAGAAGGAGCAGGUCAUCUCAGAGGUUAGGGAGGUUAAAGUGAAGCAGGAAUCUUACACUGAGAUGAAGGUAGAGGCUAAGACGGCUCCGGAAAUUCAAACAAUAAUGACCGAAACUAAGAAACUUGAAACAUCUGCCCAAAUUCAUGUUAAAGAUGUAGACAGGAGGCCUGAGGUGCAGCAGAAACAGGUUAUGUCAGAAGUCAGAGAGGUGCAAGUGACACAGGAAUCUUACAGGGAGGCUGAGGAGAUACUGAAGGUAGAGCCAAAGAAGACUCCGGAAGCACCAAAACCAGUCCCGGACAAGCCGAAAGAAGCACCAAAACCAGUCCCGGACAAGCCGAAAGAAGCACCAAAACCAGUCCCGGACAAGCCGAAAGAAGCACCAAAACCAGUCCCGGACAAGCCGAAAGAAGCACCAAAACCAGUCCCGGAAAAGCUGAAAGAAGCACCAAAACUUGUGUCUGAAAAGCCCAAAGAAUCUGCUCAGAAAGUUCCAGAGCGAAAACCGGAGAUUCGACAAGAGAAGGUGGACAAACUGAAACCAGCAGAACCCAAACGACCUCAAGUCGCUGAAGAAAAACAAAAAGUGAAAGAAAAAACAGAAGUAUCUAAAACGGAAGACAUCCUGAAGCCAGAAGACAAAAUGGCCGACUUCACUGAAGAUCUGAAGAAGACUGUUAAGAAGAGGGAUGUUUUAGAAGGAGCCGCUAAAACUACGCAAAAGAUUUUAGUUUAUGAGGAAAGGUCAGUUUCUGAACAUGAAGAAAAGGUAAAAAUGUUCAAAUCUGAAGAAAAACCCAAACUGGUUAAAGGAAUUAGAGACUGGACUGACCCAGAAACGGAUCCAGAACUGUUCCAGAUUUUCAAAGACGACCGAACAAAAAUCGAAAACAGUCAGGUGAAGUCAGAGCAGUUUGAAGAGGAAGUGUCUUUAGCUGAAACUAAAACUACUCCAAAACAAGAUUCAGAUGUUUUCAGGGAAAUUGAAGAUUUGGAAGAAAGAAUUUGCCCUGAAAUUGUGCAAGAACCUGUCGUAAAAACACCAAUGAAGACUCAGAUUUUCAAAGAUGAACCAGAUAAACGCCAAGACGCUGCCGCUCUAAGAGUAGAAACUCAAAAAAUGUACCAAAUCAAGACUGAGACAAGCAAACCUGAGGAACUGGAAACGAAACCAAAGAAAAGAACUGAAGAUAAAAUACCUGCCACUUUUGGACAGACUGCCCCAGAUCUGCCCCAGAGUCACCGAACAGAAGGGCCACCACCAGGGGACACUGUUCGCCAAACAGAACCCAAGUUUGAAUCUGGAGAGACUGAAACAAGACCAAAACCAGAAGAGAAGAAACACCCAGAAAAGCCGAAGACAUCUGGGUCCAUAGACCAAGACCAGAUUUUAGCUCACAACGUUUCAGACAAAGUGCAAAACGUCCAAGAAGAAAUGUCAGCCAUGUUUGAAAAGUUCAAAUCUGAUCUGAAAGUAGGAGGAGAACGAACAUCAGUGGACCAGAAACAGGCAGAAACAGCUGGAGAUGUUCUGGAUGUGACCAUAGAGUCACCAGAAGUUCGACAAUGGAUCUCAGGAGAAGAAAGGAAGAAAGAUUUACCACAAUCUGUUUCUGAAGAACGAGAAGAAGGAAUAAUCCCACAGAAAACCAGACCAAGACACAAAUUGGAGGUCGGAGACAAAAAAUCAGCUGAACCUUCUGUCCCAGACUUGCCGGACGUUUCUGGGUCAAAGUCUCGCCCUCAAACCGCAAAGCAAACAGUUCAAACUCAAAAAGAUAAAGAAAUCGCGAAGAGAGACGAGGAGCGACGAAAGGAGACGCGUGAGCAGCUCCAAACUCUGUCUGCAGGGGGCGCUCUCUCAGAAGUUUGUGAGGAGAGAGUCCAACCCGAGGCCCGGCCCGUGGCCCUGCCCGAGGCCCGGCCCGAGGCCCGGCCCGUGGCCAUGCCCGAGGCCCGGCCCGUGGCCAUGCCCGUGGCCCUGCCCGAGGCCCGGCCCGAGGCCCGGCCCGUGGCCAUGCCCGAGGCCCGGCCCGAGGCCCGGCCCGAGCCUUCUCCAGCACCUGAACCCAAACGACCGUCUGCGCCCACUCCCGCGGCGCCCCCUGUGGUUCACGAAGUUUCUCACCCUGAACCCAAACGACCAUCUGCGCCCACUCCCACGGCGCCCCCUGUGGUUCAGAAAGUUCCUGUUGUAGAAGAGAAGAAGCCUGUGGCUAAACCGACCCCCGAAAAAGUGGCACCUCCCACAGCCAUUCAUGUGGAAGCACCGAAGCCCGCAGCCCCGCCCCCUGCAGUCCCUCCUCCUGAAGAGAAGAAGCCCGCCCCCAAACCCGCCCCUGAGAAAGUGGCGCCUCCUACAGUGUCGCCUGUUGAAGCGCCAAAGCCCGUCCCCAAAGCACCAGAGAAGGUGGCGCCCCCUGCAGUGUCGCCUGUAGAAGCACCAAAGCCCGUCCCCAAACCUCCAGAGAAGGUGGCGCCCCCUGCAGUGUCGCCUGUAGAAGCGCCAAAGCCCGUCCCUAAACCCGCCCCUAAACCUACGGAGAAAGUGGCGCCCCCUGCAGUGUCGCCUGUAGAAGCACCAAAGCCUGUCCCCAAACCUCCAGAGAAGGUGGCGCCCCCUGCAGUGUCGCCUGUAGAAGCGCCAAAGCCCGUCCCUAAACCCGCCCCUAAACCUACGGAGAAAGUGGCGCCCCCUGCAGUCCCGCCUCCUGAAGAGAAGAAACCUGCCCCCAAACCUGCUCCGGAGAGAGUGGCGCCGCCUGCAGUCCCGCCUCCUGAAGAGAAGAAGCCUGCCCCCAAACCCGCCCCUGAGAAAGUGGCGCCUCCUACAGUUGUUCCUGUAGAAGAGAAGAAGCCCGAGCCUAAACCCGCCCCACAGAGAGUGACGCCCCCUGCAGUCCCACCUCCUGAAAAGAAGAAGACCGCCCCCAAACCCGCCCCUGAGAAAGUGGCGCCUCCUACAGUUGUUCCUGUAGAAGAGAAGAAGCCCGAGCCUAAACCCGCCCCACAGAGAGUGACGCCCCCUGCAGUUCCCACAGUGGAAGAGAAGAAGCCCGAGCCUAAACCUGCUCCUGAGAGAGUGGCGCCCCCUGCAGUGCCCCAUGUCGAAGAAAAGCGUCCAUCUCCCCCCAAACCCGUGGCUCCUCCCCCUACUGCUCGCGAAGUUUCACCCAUUGAAGACAAGGUGGCUGCUCGUAAACCGUCUCCGCCCAAAGCCGCUUCUCCAUUUGAGGAGAUCGAAGCUGCGGUGGAGUCCAAACCGACCGUGGGAGCGGUGUCUCCAUCAGCCUCUCCUCCUGAAGACCAAGGCCCAGUCUCUGCUCCUGGACCAACCAAAGUUCUGUUGUUUCUAAACACAGUUCCAUCUUUAGAACCAAAACCUCGACUUGACACAGGUAAAACAAUACAACUGCCCAAAGAAAAAGAGGCAGAAACAGAUGAGGAGCGAGCCAAAAGAAGGAGGAGAGUAAAACCUCCAAAAGAGGAAGAGACAAAAGAGGAGGUGAAACUUAAACCAGUGCAAAGACGAGAUGACAAACCAGCGGAGGAGACAAAAGAGGAGGUGAAACUUAAACCAGUGCAAAGACAAGAGGAGGAGAGGAGGAUCACACAGAAACCAGAGGAGAGGAGGAUCCCACAGAAACCAGAGGAGCAGAGGGAGAUUGCACAGAAACCAGAGGAGGACAGGUGGAUCGCACAGAAACCAGAGGAGAGGAGGAUCCCACAGAAAACAGAGGAGCAGAGGGAGAUUGCACAGAAACCAGAGGAGGACAGGUGGAUCGCACAGAAACCAGAGGAGGAGAGGAGUAUCGCACAGAAACCAGAGGAGGAGAAAGAGCUUAAACCAAAAACUAAAACUCCAAAAACAACAGAAACUAAAACAGGAGAGGGGGAGAGAAAGAAAAUGAUGAGAUCAAAACUGCCGAAAGAGGAAGAGAGGAAGGAGGAGAUCAAACUCAAACCGGUGCAAAAGUCGCCUAAACCUGCUGAGCCAGAGAUGGAGAAAGUGACGCUCAAAAACGUGCCGUCAAAACCAAAAGAACCAGAGAAAGAGGUGGUCAGCCAGAAGAGCGAAGUGACCAGAAUCUACGACGAAGAACUGACUGUUAAGAAACUCCACGGCAGGGAGGACAGAGAGAUACUGACUAUCGGGCGAAUGGAGCCUGUGUUUACAGCAGAGGAACACACGGUGGCGCUAGAGCAGGGCGAGGAGCCGCAAAGAGAGGUGACGGAGGAGGAGGAGGCGUCACCGUGGAAACAAGUAAAAAUAACUCCAAAAGAGACAGAAACUAAAGAAGAAGAGGUGCAGAAAAAGAGGAUCUCAAAAUUACCAAAGGAGGAGGAGAAGACGGAGGACGUGAAACUGAAACCGGUGCAGAAAUCUCCCAAAAUGCAGCCGGAAAAAUCUGAAAUUGUUGACAAGCCGAAAGUUCUAAAGCCACGGAAAGAUGAAGCAAAGAGAGAAAUGUCACCAAAACUUGAGAUUGAAAAAGUGGAGCUUAAGAAAGUUCCGUCUAAACCAAAAGAACCAGAGAGGGAGGUGGAAACGGUCACGGCCGCGGUCACCAAAGUCUUAGACACAGAAAUGUUUGUGCAUCAACUCAGAGACAGAGAAGACAGAGAGAUCCUGGGCAUCGGGCGGAUGGAGCGUGUGUUUACAGCAGAGGAACACACGGUGGCGCUAAAGCAGGCCGAGGAGGCGCAGAUACAAGUGAAGGAAGAAGAGGUACCAUCCAAAGAACCAUGGAAACGAGCUGAAAAAACUCCUAAAGAUACGACAGCAACGCCAGAGGGAAAAAUCGAGAAAAAGAAGAUUUCAAAACUGCUGAAAGACGAGGAGACGAAGGAGGAAAUAAAACUUAAACCAGUGCAAAAGUCGCCCAAGCCUGCCGAACCAGAGAUGGAGAAAGUGAUGCUCAAAAAGGUGCCGUCGAAACCGAAAGAACCAGAGAGAGAGGUGGUCAGCCAAAAGAGCGAAGUGACCAGAGUCUACGAUGAAGAACUGACUGUUAAGAAACUCCACGAGCGAGAGGACAGAGAGAUACUGACGGUCCAGAGGAGGAAGAGAGAGGAGAGAGGAAGAGAGGAGGAGAUCAGAGCUCUGGUAGACGAGAAAACAGAACCAGAGACAAAAGAAGAGGACCGGGGAAAAUGGGAAAGGAGUCCAAGAACUGAGAAAGAGCCAGAACCAGAGCCAGACUUAACCAAGCGUAAAAUCAAACUGUUACCAAGGAAACCGGAGGAGCAGGAAGUGGUGACACUGAAACCAUUCGAAAAACAAAAACAAGAGAAAGAGAAAGAGAGAGGGAGGGAGGAGGGAGAAGAGGUGGCCAUGAAGGAAGAGAGGAAAGAGAGGGAGAGGGUAGAGAGAGACAGGGAGGAGAUGGACAGAGUUAGAACGCCAAAAGUAAAGGAGCCUAAACCUGAACCUAAGAUAGAAGAACCAACCAAAACUAAACCAGAGAAAACAACUGUCCCAAAGCCAGAACCAAAACCAGAGCCUAAACCAGAACCAAAACCCAAGACUCCACCACAGAAAGAGGAACUGCCUGAGACUAAACCAGUUCAGUUAAAGAAGACACCAGUGCAAAAGUCUCCUAAAGAAAAAGAAGAAGCCAAACCAGUGCAGCUGAAGAAGACUCCAGAGAAGAAAACUGCUCCCACAGAGACCGAUAAAACCCCCAAGCUACAACCCAGACCAGAGCCCAAACCAGAACCCAAACCAAAACCAGAACCAAAACUAGAGCCAAAAUCAGAACCAAAACUGGCCUCUAAACCAGAACCAAAACCAGAACCAAAACCGGCCUCUAAACCAGAGCCUAAACCUGAGCCUAAACCAGAGACAAAAGUAGAGCCAAAACCAGAACCAAAACCAGAAGCGAAACCAACCUCUAAACCAGAACCAAAACCGGCCUCUAAACCAGAACCCGAACCCAAACCAGCACCAAAGCUCAGAACUUCUCCAAAGAAAGAGGAACCGUCUGAGGCUAAACCGAUGGAGAAGAAGAAAUCUCCACCCAAGCCCAGAGAGGAGAGCACACUUCCUCUGGUGAAGGAGGUGUCCCCAAGGAGCAUCCAGGUGGAGAAGGUCCCCACCCAACCAGAGGAAGAGGUGUUUGAGGAGCCCGACCAGGAACCAGACCAGGACCAGGAUGAGGUCUGGGCCUGGGAGAUGGUGCCAGACCAGGACUGGACCCAGACCGAUGGAGCCAGAGAGGUCCCUGGGCCCGUAGGAACCAAACGAGAUGGUAAACCUGCGGAUGAGCCUCCCAAAGGACGUGGCAGAGGAUUUGGUGCUCGUCAAACCCCGUCCCCAGGAGACCGCGGUCGGGGACUCAGACCUGGAGGUAAAGGCCCCUCUCCUCCAGAGGAACCCUUCGGAGGAUUCAAACUCAAGGCCGUGCCCCUCAAGUUCACCAAGAAGAUUCAAGACAUUGUGCUCAAGGAGGCUGAGUCGAUCGGUUCCUCUGCAGACUUUGAGUGUGAAGUAUCUCCGUCCACAGCUAUCACGUCGUGGAUGAAGGACGGCGCAAACAUCAGAGAAGGUCCUAAACACAAGUUCACCGCAGACGGAAAAGACCGAAAACUUCACAUCAUCGACGUACAACUUUCCGACACCGGAGAGUACACCUGCGUCGCCAGGAACGCCGGGAAAGAGGUCACCUGCACUGCCAAGCUCAUUGUAGAAGAGCUUCCAUUAAAGUGGUAUAAGGAGCUGGAGCCAGAGACUUCCUGUAUGAAAGGUCAGCCCAUGUACUUGACCUGUGAACUCAACAAAGAGCGCGACGUCACCUGGAAACGCAACGGCACCCCCAUCAAGAACAAGGCGGGAAAGAUCGCCAUCAAUGUGAUCGGAAUGCAGCACGCCAUCACCAUCCAGAACGCCACGGAUGAGGAGGCGGGGCUAUACACCUGCUCCGUGGACGGACAAGAGGAUGUGGUCACCUCCACCAACGUCAAGGUCAUUGAGAUCAUUAAGGAUUGGUUGGUGAAGCCCCUGAGGGACCAGCACGUAAAGCCCAAGGCCAGUGCCACGUUCAGGGGAGAGCUCUUCAAAGACACCCCCAACUGGAAGUGGAUGAAGGGAGACACGGAGCUGCAGCCCUCAGACAAAAUCAACAUCGAGAAGGACGGCCCCAACGUCAAACUGACCAUCAACAACUGUCAGCCCGCUGAUGUGUCCGACUACAGCCUGGAGGUGGAGGACCGCAGGUACAGCGCCAAGCUCACCCUGGGAGAGCGUGAGGCGGAGAUCCUGAAGCCCCUUGAGAACGUGGAGGUGAUGGAGAAGGAGGAGGCCCACUUUGAUACAGAGAUCUCUGAGGAGGAUGUGGCUGGAGAGUGGAAGCUGAGAGGACAGGCACUGACGCGAUCCCCAACCGUGGACAUUAAAAUGGAGGGAAAGAAGAGAUUCCUGACACUGAAGAAUGUUCAACUGGAUCAGGCCGGAGAGGUCUCCUACCAGGCUCUGAACGCCAACACUUCAGCCAUGCUCAAUGUCAAAGAGAUCGCCCUGGCCUUCGUGGAGCGGUUGAAGGACGUAUCGGUGCCUGAAAAUAAACAGGCGAAGUUUGAGUGCACGGUGACACGAGAGGUGCCCAAGGUGAUGUGGUUCAGAGGCAUCGACGUCAUCACUCAAAGCCCCAAACACGAAAUCAUCGCCAACGGCAACAAGCACCUCCUCGUCAUCAACAACUGUCAGUUUGAAGACGAGGCACAAUACACGGUGGAGGUGCAGGACAUCAAGAGCACCGCCGAACUGAAGGUGGAAGGCAUGCGUCUCGCCUUCACACAUCCACUCCAUGACCUCAUCAUGAAGGAGGGGCAGACGGCCAUGUUUGAGCUGGAGCUGAGUCACGAGGACGUGCCGGUCGUCUGGUACCGUAACGAGGUCAAAGUUCACGUCAGCCGGUCUGUGGUCACACGCGUGGAGGGACGUCGCCACACGCUGGAGCUGCGCAGCCUCAGCAUGGAUGAUACGUGUCAGAUCAAGGCGGAGGCGAGGGGCAUCAGCUGCUUCGGCCAGCUCAGCGUCAUAGAGGGAGACGCCGUCUUCAUCACUAAACUGUCGGACUUCACGGCGGUGGAGAAGGAUGAGGUGGAGCUGCAGUGUGAGGUCAGUAAGGAUGUGCCGGUGGUGUGGUACAGAGACCAGGUGGAGCUGACCCAGUCCAAGACCCUGGUCCUGAAGAGCGAAGGAACCCGAAGAACCCUGGUCCUCAAGAAGGUGGAGAUCCAAGACCAAGGACAGUACUGCUGCGACUGUGGAACCGACCAGACCAAAGCCAAGCUCACCGUGGAGGCUCGGGACAUUAAGGUGGUGCGUCCGAUCUAUGGGGUGGAGCUGUUCGAUGGAGAAACGGCUCGUUUUGAGGUGGAGAUUUCAGCCGACGACGUUCACGGACAGUGGAAACUCAACGGAGAUGUCCUCAGCCCCUCCUCCGAUGUGGACAUUAUCGAGGAGGGGGCCAAACACACUCUGAUCCUGUACAACUGCAGAGUGCCCAUGACCGGAGAGGUGUCCUUCAGCGCCGCCAACGCCAAGUGCACCGCCAACCUCAAGGUCAAAGAGCUCCCUCUAAACUUCCUCACCCCCCUGAGCGAUGUGCAGGUGUAUGAGAAGGACGAGGCGCGCUUCGAGGUGGAGGUGUCUCGCGUUCCGAAGGCGUUCCGUUGGCUCAAGGGUUCCGCCGAGAUCCAGAGCGAUGACAAGUUUGAGGCUGUGCAGGAGGGAAACCUGUUCGUGCUCCGAGUGAAGUCGGCGGCGUACGAGGACGAGGCCAAGUACAUGUUUGAGGCCGAGGACAAGAGGACGUCCGGCAAGCUCAUCAUACAGGGAAUCCGUCUGGAGUUCGUGAAGCCGAUUAAGGACGUGACGGUGAAGGAGCGUGAGACGGCAGAGUUCUCGGUGGAGUUGUCUCAUGAGAAGAUUCCGGUGGUUUGGUACAAGAACGACGUGCGUCUCCACCCGUCCAAGGUGGUCCACAUGUCCGACCAGGGACGUGUCCACACGCUGUCCAUCAAAGAGGCCACGAUCGACGACACCUCCAUGAUCAGAGUGGAGGCCAUGGACAAGAGUCUGACCGCGAUGCUCACGGUCAUCGAGGGAGACUUGUACUUCACUAUGAAGCUCCAGAACUAUACGGCGGUGGAGCGGGACGAGGUCCAGUUGGUUUGUGAGCUCAGCAAAGCCGCCGCCGACGUCAAAUGGUUCAAAGACGGAAAAGAAAUAACUCCGUCCAAAAACAUCGCCAUAACAACGGACGGAAAGAAACGCAUCCUGAUUGUGAGGAAGGCGGAGAAAGCGAACAUCGGAGCGUACACAUGUGACUGCGGCUCGGACAAGACGACUGCGAAUCUGAAUAUAGAGGAGCGUGACAUUAAAGUCGUCCGCCCGCUCUACAGUGUGGAAGUGACUGAGACAGAAACAGCCAAGUUUGAGACGGAGAUUUCAGAGGAAGACGUCCACGGGAAGUGGAAACUCAAGGGAGAGGCUCUGCACCAAUCAGCUGAUGUGGAGAUAAAAGAGGAGGGGAAGCGUCAUCUCUUGAUCCUGUACAAUGUGAAGCUGGACAUGGCUGGAGCUGUGGACUUCUCCGCCGCCAACGCCAAGUCCAACGCCCAGCUCAGGGUCAAAGCUCGUUCGAUCUCAGUGAUGCGCCCCCUGAAGGAUGUGGAGGUGACUGCAGGCGAGACGGCGACGUUUGAGUGUGAGCUUUCGUACGAAGGAAUCGCCGUAGAGUGGUACCUGGGAGGAGCGAGGAUGGAGCCCAGCGACAGGGUGAAGACCCGGGUGGUGGGCAGAGUCCACGCUCUCACUGUGAGGGACGUGAAGCUCUCUGAGGCUGGAGAAGUGAAGCUCUGCUCCCAGGACUUCCAGACCCAAGCCCAGCUCAUUGUGAGAGAGCCUGCAGCAGACUUCACUCAGCCUCUGGAGGAUCAGUCCGUGGAGGAGGAGGCCACUGCUGUGCUCGAGUGCCAGAUUUCCCGUGAAAAUGCCGAGGUGCGCUGGUUCCGAGAGGGACAGGAGAUCAGAAAGACAAAGAAAUACGACGUGGUGAGCGAGGGGCGGCGCCGGGCGCUGGUGAUCCAGAGCUGCACGCCGGACGACGCCAAACUGUACACGUGCGACGCCCAACACUUCAAGACCUCCUGCUACCUCGAGGUCCUGCCGCCUCAUGUGGAGUUCACUAAACCGCUGCACGACGUCGAAGUCAAAGAGAAAGAAUCUGCAAAGUUCGAAUGUGAAGUUUCCCGAGAGUCCGCGAAGGUGCGCUGGUUCCGGGAUGGGAAUGAGAUCCGAAAGAGUAAAAAGUAUGAGAUCUUAUCGAAGGGAGUCCAGAGGAUCCUGAUUGUUCAUAAGUCUGUGUUUGACGACGAGGCCGAGUACGAGUGCGACGCCCGGACCGCCAAGAGCUCCGGAAUGCUGACCGUGAUCGAGGAGGAUGCCCGUUUCACUAAGAACCUGUCUAACGUGGAGGGCACAGAGACGGACUCGGUGAAGUUGGUGUGUGAGGUGUCCAAGGCGUCUGCGGAGGUGCGCUGGUUUAAACAGGGGCAGGAGAUCCCCGAGGGCGGGCGCUACGAGCACCUGUCCGACGGGCGUAAACGGGUCCUCGUCAUCCAGGACCUGCGCCUGGACGACAGGGGAGACUACACCUGCCAACUGUCCACCAGCGUCACCACCACCGGCAAACUCAGCAUCAACGAGCUGGCGGCUGAGUUCAUCGCACGGCCUCAGAACGUGGAGGUGGUGGAGGGCGAGAGGGCGGAGUUUGUGUGCUCCGUUUCCAAGGAGACGUACGAGGUGAAGUGGUUCAGAGGAGAACAGGAAGUGAGCGAGGGCGAGAAGUACAGCGUGGUGAGCGAGGGCAAACGCCGCGCUCUUAUUGUGAAAAGCUGCGACAGGAAGGACGAGGGCGGAUACACGGCGCACAUCGGCAACGUCAAGGCGUCUGCAGAGCUCUACGUCAUCGAGAAGCUGCGUGUGAUCACUCCUCUUCGGGACGUCCAGGUGAAGGAGGGAGGAGAGCUGGUGUUUAAUUGUGAGGUGAACUCUGACGGAGCCAAAGCCAAGUGGCUCAAACAGGAGGAGACCAUGUUUGAGAGCGGCAGGUUCACCAUGAGCCAGAGAGACAACGUGUUCUCCCUGCGCAUCCGCGACGCCGUCAAGAGCGACCAAUCACAGUACACCGUGCUCCUGACCAAUCAGAGAGGAGAGCAGGCCAAGAGCACCGCCUCCGCCACCGUCGCAGAGGAGAUGUUGAAGUUCUUGGAGCCCAUAGAGGACAUCGAGACACAGGAGAAGAAGACCAUAGCGUUCGUGUGCAAAGUGAACCGUCCCGAGUCCACCGUGCGCUGGUUCAAAGCCGGACAGGAGCUGCCUUUGAGCAAACGUGUGGUUUACCGCGUGGACGGCCUCAAACACACCCUGACCAUCAAGGACUGCGUGAUGGACGAUGAGGGAGAGUACACGGCUCAAGUGGGAGAGGACAGGUGUGCGGCGGAGCUGAUCAUCAGCGAGGCGCCCACAGACUUCACCGCACAACUCAAAGACCAAACAGUCACCGAGUUUGAAGACGCAGAGUUCACCUGUAAAAUCAACAAAGACAAGGCUUCGGUCAAGUGGUACAGAGCCGGGAGAGAGAUCAGAGAAGGACCGAGGUACCACAUGGAGCGUGAGGGUAAAAUGUGUCGUCUAAUCGUGAAGACCUGUCGUCCGGACGAUGAGUGCGAGUACGCCUGCGGGGUGGACGAGAGGCGCUCACGAGCAAGGCUCUUCGUAGAAGAAACCCCCGUGGAGAUCGUUCGCCCGCCCCAGGACCUGUUUGAACCUCCAGGCUCUGACGUGGUCUUUGAGGCAGAGCUGAACAAAGAUCGGGUGGAGGUGCGAUGGAUGAGGAACAACAUGAUCAUUGUCCAAGGAGACAAGUACCAGAUGAUCAGUGAAGGGAAAGUUCACCGGCUCCAAGUGUGUGAGAUCAGACCCCGAGACCAGGGCGAGUACCGCAUCGUGGCCAAGGACAAGGACGCACGCGCCAAACUAGAGUUAGCAGCUGUGCCUAAGAUAAAGACGACAGAUCAGAGCUUGGUGACUGAUGCGGGUAAACCGUUUGUGAUGGCGGUGCCGUACGACGCCUAUCCUCGCGCCGACGCCGAGUGGUUCUACGGCGACAUCAGCCUGCCGGUCCAGAACAUCGACUCCAGUCUGGACAAGACUGAGUACCGGCUCAAGAGCCCGACCAAAGACGACCAGGGACGGUACCGGAUCCACAUCAAGAACAAGCACGGAGAGGCCGAAGCUAACAUCCACCUGGACGUCAUCGACGUCCCGGGUCCGGUGAAGUGUCUCCAGGUUACUGACACGGCGGAGGGUGAGGUCAGCCUUUCAUGGGAGGAGCCAGAGUCAGACGGCGGUGCUAAGAUCACGGCAUACGUGGUGGAGCGCCGCGACAUCAAGAGGAAAACGUGGACUGUAGCCACGGAUCGGGCCGACGCUCCAGAAUACUGCGUGUCUGGACUCAACCGGGACCUGCUCUACCUGUUCAGAGUCAGCGCCAGGAACCGCGUGGGCACCGGGCCGAGCGUGACCCUGGACGAGCCGGUGCAGCCCAAGAACAAGUUUGAUGUGCCAGAUGCCCCGCAGAACGUGCAUGUGUCCACGGUGAAUCGCUUCGGUGCGACCGUGUGCUGGGAGCCGCCGCUGUCUGACGGCGGGUCAGAGGUCACGGCGUACGUGAUCGAGCUCCGUGACCGCACGUCCGUGAAGUGGGAGGCGGCUCUGGUCACCCCGGCGACAGAGCGUUCCGCCGUGCUGAACGAUGUCGUGGAGAACAAAGAGUACAUCUUCAGAGUGAGAGCGGAGAACAAGGCCGGAGCGGGACGCCCGAGCGCCGCCACCGCCCCUGUCAAGAUCAUGGACCCCAUCGACCGGCCCAGCCCUCCCCUGAAUCUCCAUUUCAGUGAUCUGACUCGUAGCGGCGUGACCCUGACCUGGGAGACACCUGUAUCAAACGGAGGCAGCAUGAUCACGGGUUACAUCAUCGAGAAGUGCGACGACGGCGCUUACAACUGGCUCCGAGUCAACGCCAAACUGUGCCCCGACCUGAGCUACAGGGUCUCAGGUUUGAAGCCGCAGCAGACGUUCUUCUUGAGGGUCAGAGCUGAGAACGCCGCUGGAGUCUCCGACCCCUCGGACCAACUGGGCCCCCUGCUGGCCGACGACCCCCACGUGGCUCCCUCCAUGGAUCUUAGCUCCUUCAGGAAUGGGCUGGAGGUGAUCGUCCCUCAGCCCCUGACCAUCAGAGUACCCAUCAGCGGGUACCCGACGCCCACGCCCACCUGGACCUUUGGAGACCAGGAACUCAAACCGGACCAGGACCGCGUCACCGUGGUGACCAAACCCACCUACACCGAGCUCACGGUCAGUCCAAGCGUGAGGCCCGACAAAGGAACCUAUGGCCUCACGCUGGAGAACGACGUGAGCUACGUCAGCGGAGAGGUGGAGGUCAACGUCAUCGCCGCCCCGAGUGCACCUAAAGACCUGAAGGUGGCAGAAGUGACUCGCAGACACGUGCACCUCCAGUGGGAGGCGCCGGAGCACGAUGGGGGGAGCCCUGUGACUCACUACCAGAUUGAGAAGAGGGAGGUGUCCCGCAAGACCUGGGCUAAAGUGGCCACAGGGGUCCUGGACCUGGAGCACACAGUCACAGAUGUGAUGGAGGGAAAGGAGUACCUCUUUAGUGUGACGGCCUGCAACAAGUGUGGCCCCGGAGAGCCCGCCUACAUCGACGAGCCCGUCAACGUGUCCUCUCCUGCAACGGUUCCUGACCCUCCGGAGAACCUCAAAUGGAGGGACAAGUCGGCCAAGUCCAUCUUCCUGCUGUGGGAGCCUCCGCGGUACGACGGCGGCGCUCCCAUCAAAGGUUACAUCAUCGACAAGUGUCAACGAGGAACCGACAAGUGGGAACCAUGUGGAGACCCCGUCACUGAACUCAAGUAUCAGGUCAAAGGUCUCAUCGAGGGGCAGUGGUACUCGUACAGAGUCAGAGCCAUGAAUCGUCUGGGAGCCAGUCGUCCGAGCAGAGCCACGGACGAGAUCCAGGCCGUGGACGCCAAAGAACCUCCUCAGAUCCAGUUGGAUGUGAAGCUUCUGGCUGGACUCACAGCCCGGGCCGGGUCUAAGAUCGAGCUUCCUGCUGAAGUGACGGGAAAACCAGAGCCGAGGAUCAAAUGGACCAAAGCCGACCUGGUGCUGCGCGCCGACGACCGCAUCACCAUGGAAACCACCCCUGGACACGCCAAACUGAGCAUCGGAAACACGACCCGAGGCGACACUGCAACUUACAUCAUUGAAGCCGUCAACACGUGCGGAAGAGCCACCGCCACCGUGGACGUCAACAUCCUGGACAAACCCGGGCCGCCGGCCGCCUUCGACAUUUCGGAGAUCACUAGCGAGUCGUGCGUGUUGGCGUGGAACCCGCCCAGAGACGACGGCGGCUCUGCCAUCACAAACUAUAUCGUGGAGAACCGCGAGCUGGACAAAGAGGAGUGGCACAAACUGUCGGCCACAGUCAAACACACCACGUUCACCGCCACCAAGCUCACGGCGCUCAAAGAGUACGUGUUCCGCAUCAGCGCUGAGAACCAGUACGGCAUCGGAGCGCCCGCCGAGCACACACCCAUCAUCGCCAAGUACUCCUUUGACCCGCCUGGACCCCCGACCCGGGUGACUCCCUCAGAUGUGGCCCGGGACGCAGUUACCCUGACAUGGUUGGAGCCGGACGAGGACGGCGGCUCACCCAUCACUGGGUACUGGGUGGAGAAGUUUGACCCAGACAGUGACAAGUGGGUCCGUUGCAACAAGCUGCCCAUCAAGGACACCACCUUCAGGGUGAAGGGUCUUCCCACGAAGAAGAAAUUCCGUUUCAGAGUUCUGGCCGAGAAUUUGGCUGGAAACGGUAAACCCAGCGACGAGACCGACCCGGUCCUGAUCAAGGACCCCAUCGACGUCCCCUGGGCCCCUGGACGGCCUGUGGAGCGUGACGUGGGGAAGACCAUGGUGUCGUUGUCCUGGACUCGGCCUGAACACGACGGAGGAGCAAAGAUCGAGGGUUAUGUCCUGGAGCUGCAGAAGACCGGCUCCGAGGACUGGAUCCGAGCGGCCGAAGACAUUCCCCAGACGGAACAUACCCUCAAAGACCUGAUGGAAAAACAGGAAUACUGCUUCAGAGUGAGAGCGGUGAACCGCGCGGGCGAGAGCGAACCCAGCGAGCCCAGUGAGAAGGUGGUCUGCAAGGAGCGCCUCAACGUCCCCGAGCCUCCCCAGUGGCUGGAGGUCGCUGGUAUCUCUAAGACGUCUGCUGACCUGAAGUGGCAGCUCCCGAGCAGCGACGGCGGCUCUCCCAUCACAAACUACGUGGUGGAGAAGCGUGACGUGAGGAGAAAGGCGUGGCAGGCCGUGGACACCACCGUGAAGGAGCUCAAGUACAGCGUGGCCCCUCUGAACGAAGGAUCGCUGUACAUCUUCAGAGUCGCCGCCGAGAACGCCGUGGGCAUGUCUGAAUUCUGCGAGCUUGAGGACGCUGUGCUCGCGAAGGACACGUUCACUACACCUGGACCUCCGUACGCCCUGACCGUGGUGGAGGUGACCAAGAGGCAUGUGGACCUCAAGUGGGAGCCUCCACAGAGCAACGGAGGACGCCCCAUCACCAAGUACGUGAUAGAGAAGAAGGAGAAGCUCGGCUCUCGUUGGCUCAAAUGCUGUAAAACUCCAGACCGACAGACUCAGUUCAAAGUGACCGACGUGGACGAGGGGUCAGAGGUCCAGUUCCAAGUCCGAGCCGAGAACGAGGCCGGGGUGGGAGAACCGUCUGAGCCCACCGUGGUGCUGACCAUCGAGGACGCCACCAGUGUUCCCUCUCCUCCCGUGGAGCUCGCCGUUGUGGAUGCGAGCCGUGAGCACAUAAACGUGACGUGGAAGCCUCCGGUUAAAGAUGGCGGCUGUCCGGUGACGGGUUACCACGUGGAGGUGUCGGAGGCGCGCCCAGAGCUCAAGUGGCUACGCGUUAACUCUCGACCAAUCAAAGAGCUGGCCUUCCGCAUCGACGACGGCAUCAAACCCGACAAGAAGUACGUGAUCCGCGUCCGCGCCAUCAACUCUGUGGGCGUCAGCGAGCCGUCCGACGCCACCGACAAAGUGUACACCCGGGACCCCGACUGCGCUCCCUCUCUGGAGGUUUCCUCAGAUGAGGUGGUGGUGGUGGAGGGGGAGAAGCUCCACCUGGUGGUGCCGUACAAAGGAAUCCCGACGCCCAAGAUGUCGUGGGUGAAGGAGGAGGCGGAGCUUAAAGCGGACGACCGCCUGUCUAUGACCGUGGAGAUGAACGACGCCCACCUGGAACUGCUCAAGAGCACAAGGGCAGACGCCGGGAAAUACACCAUCACCCUGGAGAACGAGCUGGGCAAGGCCUCGGGCACUGUACCCGUCAAAGUCAUCGGCCUCCCGGGGCAGUGUAAGGACAUUUCUUCCGCCGAUGCCACUAAGAACUCUGUGGUGAUGAGCUGGGUGGCGCCUGAAGAUGACGGGAACACGCCCAUUACCGGGUACUCUCUGGAGCGCCGCGAGUCGUCCAAGAAGACCUACGUCCCCGCCAUGAGCUGCCAGGACGUCCUCACCUUCAACGUGAAGGACCUCUACGUCAACUGUGAAUACUACUUCAGAGUCCGAGCCCACAACCGCGUGGGGGCGGGGCCUUACCUCGAGCUCAGGACGCCCGUCAUCAUCGAGGAGAUAAAACAGAAACCGGACCCCCCUGUCUGCGUGGAGGCGUACGACCCCACCUCCAAAUCCAUCACCGUGUCCUGGAAGGCGCCGGACUCGGACGGCGGCUGCCCCAUCCAGGGGUACGUGGUGGAGAAGAUGGAGAAGGACGGAGACCGCUACGAGAGGGUCACGCCCAGCCUGGUGCCCGGGUUCACCUACACCGUCACCGGGCUCACAGAGGGCCAGGAGUACCAGUUUAGAGUGAGGGCGGAGAACGCCGCCGGGGUCAGCGAGCCGUCACGCAGCUCCUCCAUGAUGAAGGCAGAAGAUCCUAAAGAGAAGCCGGUGGUCUCCCUGUCGGCUCGUGUCCAGGGCGGUCUGUGCGUGAAGAAGGGGGAGGAGAUUCGCCUGGACGCCGUCAUCUCCGGAUCGCCGUAUCCUAAAAUCACAUGGCUCCGAAACGAGGAGGACGUGACCAAAGAGCCGUCCAAGAAAACCGCGCCGCUCGUCAAGAAGAAGAAGACCAAGUCCCGCGUCCAGGAGCCGGAGCCGGAGUUCAUCACUCCUCUGAGGGAGCGUCUGGGACUGGACCAGACCAAACGGGGCCAGUCUGUGCUAAUGGUACGAGAAGCCGUGAGAGCCGACCACGGAGCCUUCACCGUGUACGCCGAGAACCAGCACGGGAGCGCCACCGCCACCUGCACCGUCAAUGUACUCGAUGUUCCUGGACCUCCUCUGAACUUCUCGUUCUCUGAGGUGAGGAACACGUCUGUGAUGUGUCACUGGGAGCCUCCUGAGGACGACGGCGGCGCCGACAUCGAAAACUACAUCUUAGAGAAGAAGGACAACCGCAACGAGGAGAUGGGCUGGAUCACCAUCACCUCCACCCUCAAGGGCACCUCCUUCCCUGUGUCUAAACUCAUCGAGGGUAAAGAGUACAUCUUCAGAGUCACCGCUGAGAACAAGAUGGGCACCGGCGCCCCCUGCAUCUCCGAGCCGCUGGUCGCCAAGAACAUGUUUGACCCGCCUGAUGCCCCGAACACGCCGCGUGUCCAGGAUGUCACCGCGUCCAGCGCCAAACUGUCGUGGCACGAGCCCAAAGACAACGGCAGCCCCAUCCUCGGGUACUGGAUCGAGAGGAAGGAGGUGAACAGCAAACACUGGACCCGGGUCAACCGCGCCCUGCUCAACGCGCUGGAGGUCAAAGUUCAGGGGUUACAGGAGGGUUUGACCUACAUCUUCAGAGUCUGUGCGGAGAACUUAGCCGGCCCCGGACCGUUCAGCGAGCCGUCAGACCGCACGGUCGCCAUGGACGCCAUCUUGCCUCCUGGACCUCCUUCUCCUCGUGUGGUCGACACUGGGAAAGACUUUGUGAUUCUGGCCUGGAAACCUCCUCUGUACAACGGAGGAGGAGACAUCUCUGGAUACCAUGUGGAUAAGAUGGUUGUUGGGGAGAAAGAGUGGAAACGUGCCACUGAGCACCGCUGUAAAGAUCUGACCUUCACCGCGACCGGACUGACGGAAGGAGCCGACUAUUACUUCCGAGUGAUGGCGGUGAACGAGGCCGGACUCGGAGCACCAGGAACCACCGACCCGGUCACUGUCAAGGAGCCCGAAGAGUCCCCGUUGGUGGAACUGGACGCCUCCGUGCGUAACGGUGUCAUGAUUCGUGCUGGAGAGUCGCUGCGUCUGCCCGCCGUGGUGACCGGGCGCCCGCAACCCACGGUCAAAUGGACCAAAGACGAGACCGACCCAGACCCAGAGAGAGUCCAGGUGGAGACCGAAGGCAAAAACACCACCCUCUUCAUCAAAGUGACCACCAGAGCUGACCACGGAAAAUACACCAUCACCGGAACCAACAGCAGUGGCAGCAAGAGCGCCGAGACACGUGUCGACGUCAUGGAUGUGCCCGGGCCAGUGGUGGACCUUAAAACCGUGCAGGUCACUAAGAAGAACAUCGUGCUGGUGUGGAAGGACCCGCUGGACAAUGGCGGCAGUGACAUCAUGGGCUACGUGGUCCUGAGGAAAGACUCCAACAUGAAGCUGUUCCGUCAGCCCAUCGACACGGCGUCCUGUAAGUGCGACGUCCAAGGGCUGCUCGCCAACGAGAGCUAUGACUUCAGAGUCUUUGCACGCAACAAGUACGGAGACGGAGUGCCCACCGACCUCGGACCCAUCAUCGCAGAAGACCCCAAAGGAACCCCAUCCGCCCCUGAGAAGCUGCACUACACUGACCGGGGUAAGACCACGAUCUCUCUGGCCUGGCAGCCGCCGCGCUCGGACGGCGGCAGUCCCAUCAUCGGGUACUACGUGGACAAAAUGAGGUCGGACAGCACCGAGUACGACGUCGCCCACAGAAAGAUCUUCCCCGAAUGCCACGGGACCAUCGAGAACCUGUCCGAGGGGCAGGAGUACCAGUUCAGGGUCAAGGCUGUGAACGAGGUCGGGAACGGAGACCCCAGCAAACCCAUCACCGCCAAGAUCCAAGACGAUGAGAUUCCUCCUUCCAUUGCGAUGCUGCGGUUCUUUAAGAGCAAUGCCCUGAUCAUCCGUAAAGGGGGCGCUGUGGACCUGCCCGCCGAGGUCAAAGGUCUUCCUCUGCCGACCUUCACCUGGUUCAGAGACGACGUGCCCGUCGAGGUCAAGCCCGAAGACGAGAGGAUGACUAUGGAGUCGGAGGAGGUGGACCGCACCACUCUGAGGACUAGGAUCUCCAUCCCUCAGUCUGUGCGCCAGGACAAAGGAAACUACAAACUGUACGCCGAGAACAUUUACGGCAACGCCACGCACACCAUCCUCGUCGACGUGCUGGACCGGCCCCUCCCUCCCAGAAACAUUGUGAUUUCGGACGUACGUUCGGACUCGUGUUAUCUGACCUGGGACGCACCCGAGGACAACGGCGGCUCUGACAUCACCAAUUACAUCAUAGAGAGACGAGACGCCAGUAAGAAGAAGUCCGACUACGAAGUUCUGACGAUCAACCUGAUCGACCGCAGAUACGGCGUGUACAAACUGGACUUUAAUGGACAGUAUCAGUUCAGGAUCAAAGCAGAGAACAAAUAUGGCGUGAGCGACGGCUGCGAGUCGGAGAAGGUGCAGCUCCGGGAUCCGUUCGGACUUCCGGGACCUCCCAGAAACCCGAAGAUCAUCGCCGCCACCGCCACCACCAUGACGGUGACCUGGGAGCCGCCGCUGGAGAACGGAGGCUCCACGAUCCAGGGCUACUGGCUGGAGAAGAGAGAACGAGGCGCCGUGUACUGGGGACGGGUCAACCGCUGUCCGGUCACCAAACCUGCGGUCAGAGGCCUGCAGUACACCGUCCUGCGCCUCAUCGAGGGUACAGAGUACCAGUUUAGAGUCGCCGCGCAGAACGCCGCCGGGGUGGGACCCCCGAGUGAGGGCACGCAGUGCCGCUUUGCCCUGGACCCCUGCAACCCGCCCGGGCCCCCUGUGGACCUCCAGGUGCGGGACAAGACCAAGUCGUCCGUCAGUCUGAGCUGGAGUCCUCCAGAGAAGGAUGGAGGAGCUCCGGUGAAGGGUUACGUGAUCGAGGCUCAUGAGGAGGGCAUGGCCGAGUGGAAGCGCCUGACCUCUCCUGACAAACCGCACAUCGUCACCGACUUCACCGUCCCUAACCUCCGGGAAAACCGCAAAGCCCGCUUCAAAGUGUACGCCGUGAACUCGGCUGGGCUGUCCGAGCCCGCCGUCACCAAGGACGUAAUGGUCCAGGACAUCCUCAUCGAGCCUUCACUGACCCUUGACCUCAGCGCUAAUGACCUCUUGAACACUCGCGCCGGGACAAUGCUGCAGAUCCCGGUGUCUGUGAGAGGGCGCCCCCUACCCAGCAUCACCUGGAACUACGAUGGAGCAGCUGAGACUGAUAAGAAGAACGAGAGACACACGCUGCCCCUGGAUGCCGAGGUCUACACUUCGGACACGUCGACAGAGGUGGUGAUCUCAGAGUCUCAGAUGUGUCACACCGGGCGUUACAUCAUCAACGCUGAGAGUCCAGCUGGACACAAGGUCCUGAAGGUCCGGGUCAAUGUGCUCGACCUACCCGGCGCGCCACGGGACCUGAAGGUGAGCGAUGUGACCCGAGGCACCUGCAGACUCACCUGGAAACCACCAGAGAGCGACGGAGGAGAACACAUCAAGAGCUACUUCAUCGAGAAGAAGACUACCACCGGCAAGGCCUGGACCAAGGUAAACCCGACCUGUUCGGCACAGUCUCUGGUGGUACCGGACCUGAUCGACGGACAGGAGUACAUCUUCAGGAUCAAGGCCGAGAACCGCUUUGGGUUUGGACCUUACACCGAGACUCCCGAUGGAACCCGAGCCAGAGACCCCAUCCAUCCGCCGGACCCGCCCACUCGCCUGAAGAUCGUGGGUGUUAAGAAGGGCGUGGUGUCUCUGACCUGGAAGGCCCCCAAGAACGACGGAGGAGCCCCGGUCACUCACUACAGCGUCGACCUGCUGUGCUGGGACGCCAGCGGCUCGCAGAAGGAGGGGUGGAUGAGGUGUAACCGUAGAGACGUGGAGGCCACUCACUUCAAGGUGGAGGAUUUGAAGGAAGGCGACGAGUACGAGUUUAGAGUGACCGCGUACAACCAGGCCGGACCCAGCCGCCCCUCCACCACCGUCGGACCCAUCCUUAUCCAGGACCAGACAUGUGCCCCGUCCAUCGAGCUGGAGGAGUUCCUGGAGUCCGAGCAGGGUCAGGAGAUCCGGAUCGUGGCAAAGAUCCGUGGGUGUCCGUUCCCGACUCUGACCUGGUUCAAGGCUCCGCCUCACAAACCCGACCUGAAGUCCGAGGUCCAAUACGACGAGAACAUAAACAAAAUGGUGUCCGAUGACACGUGCACACUGCUCAUCCAGAGAGCCAUCCGCGCAGACACCGGCCUCUACACCCUACACGCCUCCAACAGCCUGGGCAAGGCCUCCAAGGAGAUGAGGCUCAAUGUCAUGGGCCGGCCCGGUCCUCCCUCCGCUCCCAUUAAAUUCGAGGAGAUCGGCGCUGAGAAGAUCACACUGUCAUGGCUGCCUCCCAAAGACGACGGCGGCUCUAAACUCACAAACUACGUGAUCUGGCGUCGUGUGGCAAACCGUAAGACCUGGGUCCCCGUGACGAGCGAGCCCAAAGAGCGGAUCUGGACCGUCGAGAGCCUGAUGGAAGGUCACGAGUACGUCUUCAGGAUCAUGGCCCAGAACAAGUAUGGUGUCGGAGAGCCGCUGGACUCAGAGCCCGAAGUGGCACGCAACAUCUGCUUGCCCCCUGGUCAGGUGGAGAAGCCCACUGUUACCGGGGUGACGUUGGAUUCGAUGACGGUGAACUGGGAGGAGCCAGAGGACGAUGGCGGCUCGCCCAUCACGGGGUACUGGCUGGAGCGUAAGGAGACGACGGGUAAACGUUGGACACGCGUGACCCGGGAGCCCAUCCGGCCUAUGGGAAUGGGCGAGAGCUUCUGCGUCACCGGCCUCAUCGAAGGGUCACAGUAUCUGUUCAGAGUCACCGCCCUCAACGCCGCCGGACCCGGGCUGCCGAGCCCACUCACCGACCCGGUGUUCGCACGCGACCCCAUCUCCCCGCCCUCUCCGCCCACACCCAAGGUCUCUGAUUGGACCAAAUCCACAGUGGACCUGGAAUGGAUCCCACCCCUGAAAGAUGGAGGGUCCAAGAUCAUGGGCUACUGGGUGGAGUACAAAGAGGAGGGCACUGAGGCCUGGGUCAAGGCCAAAGACACAGAGGUGCGUGGGACUCGUCUGGUCAUCACUGGACUGAAGACCGGAGGAAAGUAUCGCUUCAGAGUCUCCGCCUUCAACACAGCGGGAAUCGGAGAACCAGGAGAAGUACCCGAGGUCCUGGAGGUCCAAGACCGCACCAUUUCUCCCGAGGUGGACUUGGACGCCUCUCUGAAGGAGAGGAUCGUGGUGCACGCCGGGGGAGUGAUCCGUCUCAUCGCUUACAUCAGCGGAACGCCGGCCCCCGAGGUCACCUGGAGCAGAGACGGCGCCGCGCUGCCCCCGGAGGCCAAAGUGGAGACUACGGCCAUCAGCUCGUCUCUGGUCAUCAAACCGUGCGCCCGCAAACACCUGGGCGUGUACGGCGUGACCGCCAAGAACGCCGGCGGAGAGAAGCACAGGACUGUGACCGUGGAGGUGCUCGACGUGCCUGGCGCAGUGGGUAUCCCUCUGACUGCGGAGAACUUGAGUGGAGACUCGUGUAAGCUGAACUGGUUCUUCCCGGAGAACGAUGGCGGCUCUCCCAUCAGUAACUUCGUGGUGGAGAAGAGAGAGGCCGAGCGUAAGGCCUGGACGUCCGUGUCGUACUCGGCCAGUCGACAGAACGCCGUGCUGACCGGACUGACCCCGGGCAAGGCCUACUUCUUCAGAGUGGCAGCGGAGAACGCCAUCGGACUGGGACCGUUUACGCAAACGGCCGCCGAGAUCAUCAUCCAAGAGCCAAUGAGUGUACCUGAUCGUCCAGAGGACUUGGAGGUGACCAAAGUGACCAAAGACCAGAUCGGCGUGACAUGGAAGGCGCCCAAGUCCGACGGCGGCUCUGAGAUCACCAUGUACAUCCUGGAGGCACGCCAGAUCGGAAAAGAUAAAUUCAGCCGUUUGACCAAAGAGCCGCUGAUGGAGCGAAAGUUCACGCUGGACGGGCUCCGAGAAGGAGACACAUAUCAGUUCAGAGUCAUCGCCGUCAACGAGGUGGGACCCAGCAAACCGAGCUUCUGCACCAAGCCCAUCACCUGCAAAGACGAGCUCGAGCCGCCAACCAUCGAGCUGGACUUCAGGGAUAAGAUCAUCAUCCGUGUGGGUGAGAGCUGCCUGCUCCAGGGCCGAUACAGCGGAAAACCGUGUCCGUCCAUCGUAUGGUACCGCGACGACGAGGAGCUGAAGGCCGACAAACACGUCAUGUUCAAGAACACGCUGACCACCAUGUCCCUGGGCCUGAUGAAGGCCGAGCGGGUGCACAGCGGCCGCUACGUUGUCGUGGUCGAGAAUAGCACCGGUGCUAGGAAGGGCAUCUGUAACGUCACUGUCGUAGACCGUCCCACUCCCCCGGUGGGCCCUGUGAUCUUUGAUGAGGUUCACAGAGAGUUCAUGGUCGUGUCGUGGAAACCUCCUCUGGACAGCGGCGGUGUCGAUGUCUCCAACUACAUCAUCGAGAAGAGAGACACGAACAGAGAGACCUGGACCACCGUCACCUCCGCCACCACCAAGACCACCUGCAAGAUUCCCAAACUGACGGAGGGUCGUGAGUACAUCAUCAGGAUCUCUGCAGAGAACAUGUACGGCAUCAGUGAUCCUCUGGAGUCCGAGGAGAUGAGAGCCAAGGACCUCUUCAGAGUACCCGAGGCCCCCGAACAGCCCACCGUCAGAGAGGUCUAUGCCACCAACGCCCUGGUGCUCUGGUCCCGCCCCCGAGAUGGAGGAAAACCGAUCCUCAACUACAUCCUGGAGAAGAAGGAAGUGGGAGCCAAGCGCUGGUCCAGAGUCACUCGUGAUCAGCUGUACCCUCAAACCCAAUACUGUGUCAACGACCUGAUCGAAGGCUGCGAGUACGAGUUCAGAGUGACCGCAGAGAAUGAGCUGGGCGUCGGAGACCCCAGCCCGCCUAGCCAGCCCAUCCUCGCCAAGGACCCCAUCGUGCCCCCCAGCCCCCCCGUCACCCCUGAGUCCUACGAUAAGACCAAAGACUCGGUCAGUCUGCGUUGGAAGCAGCCACGGCACGAUGGCAAAGGCCGGAUCUUCGGGUACCUGGUAGAGUACCAGAAGCCGGGUGCCGUGGAGUGGACCCAGGCCAACGAGAAACCGGAGCAAUGCCCUGGUCUGGACUACACCGUCACCGGACUGUCUGAUCAACAAGAGUACAUCUUCAGAAUCUACACUGUCAACGCCGCCGGCAAAUCAGACCCCGCCUACGUCAAGGAGACCAUCAAGGUCCAUGACCGACUCGAGGCCCCUGAGCUCCUAUUGGAUGCCAAUAUGUCACGUGACCACCUGGCCAUGGUGGGCACUGACAUCACUCUCAGCGCUCUGGUUCGCGGCGUCCCAACUCCAACCCUCCAAUGGCAGAAGGAAGGCGGAGACAUGCCCGCCCACCUAACCGUGGCCGUGACCGAGUCCGGAACCAAAGUGUUCAUACCCAAAGCCACACGCAAGGACUCCGGAAAAUACACGCUAACCGUAGAGAACGCUGCAGGCAAGAAGAGCGCCACUGUGAAUGUGCUGGUGCUAAACAAACCUAUGCCUCCGCGUGACCUCGUGGUGUCGGAGGUCACCAGCGAGUCGGCAUAUCUGACCUGGAAGGUGCCAGAGGAUGAUGGCGGUGCGGUGAUCUCCCACUAUGUCGUGCAGAAGAAGGACGUGGCGGCGGACGCGUGGGUUCCCGUGGCGGCGGCCAAUAAGAAGCUAAGUCUGAUGGCGCUCUAUCUUAUGGAGGGAAUUCAGUACCUGUUCAGAGUCGCAGCCGAAAACCAGUUUGGACGGAGUGACUUUGUGACCACCAAGACCCCAAUCAAGGCCCUCGACCCCCUGUAUCCGCCCGGGCCACCUAAGAACCUGCACCACACCGACGCCGAGAAAACUGAGGUGUGGUUGCAGUGGGAGUGGCCAGAGCGCACUGGAGGAAGUGACAUCACCGGCUUCAUUGUGGAGUAUCAGGAAGAUGGGCAGACAGAUUGGGUACCAUUCAAAACCGUGACAUCAGAGAAGGCUCACGUGACUGGACUGGAGGAGGGAAAGACCUACCGCUUCAGGGUCAAAGCCCAGAACGCCAUCGGAGUGAGUCGCCCAGACACCAGUGUCCCUGUGACCUGCCAAGAGAAGACAUUGCCUCCCACCAUCGAGGUGGAUGUGAAGCUCAUCGAGGGGCUGGUGGUUAAAGCCGGCAGCACCAUCGUUCUCCCGGCGCGUCUUACUGGAAUUCCCAUGCCAACCGCCAAAUGGAGCAGUGAUGGCAAAGAGAUGGCGUCGGAGGGCCGUGUUACCAUAGAAACGCUGGGCUCCAACACGAUGCUGAGCAUCUCCGAGUGUCAGCGUGGCGACACGGGCGAGUACAUCCUCUCCGCCUCAAACCCAGCCGGAUCUAAGAGCGUGGCUCUGCACGUGACCGUCCUGGACCUGCCAGGGCCGCCCAUCGGCCCGGUCAACAUCCUGGAGGUCACGCCCGAGUACAUGAUGGUGCAGUGGCGCGCCCCGAAGGAUGAUGGCGGCACACCCAUCACCAACUAUGUGGUGGAGAAGAAGGAUGUGAAGAAGCCGUGGGAGCCGUGGAGCGUGGUGAGCUCCGGAGGUAUGUCCACCAAAGCCAAAGUGUCCCGUCUGGAGAAAGGACGAGAGUACAUUGUCCGAGUUAGAGCCGAGAAUCGCAUCGGCAUUGGAGCGCCACUCGAGAGCCCGCCCACCAUUGCCAAACACAUGUUCAACCCCCCUGGACCGCCCGGCCCGCCCGAGUGCUCCGACAUCACAGAGAACGCCGUGACCGUGGCGUGGGCCCUACCUGACUAUGAUGGCGGCAGUCCCAUCAGUGGGUACGUCAUUGAGCGCCGUGAGAUGACCGGUAAAUGGAUCCGCGUCAACAAGACGCCUGUGCUGGACCUGCGCUACCGCGUGUCUGGCCUGUGCGAGGGAAACAGCUACGAGUUCAGAGUGUUUGCCGAGAACGUGGCCGGCAUCAGCGAGCCCUCGCUGACCUCUGACCCCAUUAAAGCGGCACGCGCACUCACCCGCCCGGGACCUCCAGGAAACCUCAAACUCAAAGACUGGAGCAAGUCCUAUGCCGAUAUCUGCUGGACCAAGCCCACACGCGACGGCGGCAGCCCUGUGCUCGGCUACGUGGUGGAGGCACAGAAGUCCGGCACGGCACAGUGGGACCGCAUCAACAAAGACCUGAUAAAGAUGUGCGCUUACAGAGUCCCCGGCCUCAUCGAGGGGCUGGAAUACCGCUUCCGCAUCAGAGCCACAAACAAGAUCGGAGACAGCGAGCCACGCGAGCUACAGGAGGUGGUGCUGGCCAAAGACAUCCUGGUCCCUCCAGAGGUCACUGUGGAUGUGUCCUGCAGAGACUCUCUGACCAUCAGAGCCGGUCAGAUCAUCAAUCUCAUCACCAGGGUCAAAGGUCGCCCGGACCCCGAGAUCACCUGGACCAAAGACGCCCGCGCCCUCGCGCGUGACAAACGCACCGACUUCAUCAACAACUACCCGCUGUGCGAGCUCGUCAUCAACGACGCGGUCCGGGGAGACUACGGCAAAUAUGCCAUCGUGGCCAAGAACAGCAGCGGGCAGGCGCAGGCCACCAUCAUCGUGAACGUCCUGGAUACGCCUGGAGCCUGCCAGAACAUCAAAGUGGCCUACGUCACCAAGAACUCCUGCAUGGUCUCCUGGGAAAACCCCGAAGACAACGGAGGCACCGAGAUCACACAGUACAUCAUCGAAUGCCGCCAGCCGAGCCAGAGGAACUGGACUCUCGUCUCCAACGACUGCACCAAGCGUCUCAUCAAGGCGCCGCUCACCGAAGGCUGCGAGUACUUCUUCAGAGUCAGCGCCGAGAACAAGAUCGGAGCCGGCCCACCCACCGAGACCAAGAAUGCCGUGCUGGCCGUGGAUCCCAUCGAGAAACCAGGAGAGCCUCUGGACUUCCACAUCGCAGAGAUCGGAAAAACCUUCUGCUUCCUCAAGUGGAGGAAGCCCGACUACGAUGGAGGUAGCAAGAACCUGGCCUACCACGUGGAGAAGAAGCCCAAAGAGGCAGAGGAGUGGGAGCGCAUCCACAAGGGGGCGAUCAAGGAGACGUACUUCAUGGCCGACAGGUGCCUGGAGAACCAGUUGUACCAGUUCCGUGUGCAGACUAAGAAUGAGGGCGGCGAGAGCGGCUGGGUCACGUCUCCGGAGGUCCUGGUGAAGGAGCAGCUCACCGAGCCGUCGGUGACGGUGAAACCGGACGAGCUGCUCGUGGUGAGAGCUGGAGACGCCAUCAGCCUGGAGGCCGCGGUCAAAGGAAAGCCCGCCCCCGAGCUGAAGUGGACCAAAGACGAGCGCACGGACGAGAUCAGGCGAGGCCCGCGGCACCAGCUCGAGACCGGAGCCGACUUCUCCAAACUGUUCAUCACGGCCGCACGCAGAACCGACAGUGGAGCUUAUGUCAUCACCGCCACCAAUUCGGCCGGCACCGCCACGGGACGAGCCCGCGUCAAUGUACUGGACCGCCCCGGCGAGGUGCGUGACCUCAAAGUCUCUGGAGUCACCACCGACCGCUGCCACCUGGCCUGGGAGGUGCCCGAGGACAAUGGAGGCUGCGACAUCUACAACUACAUCAUCGAGAAGUGUGAAACAAAGAGAGGGGUGUGGUCUGUCCACUCCAACGCCGUCAUCACCAAUAAGGCUGUGGUCACCAGGCUGAUCGAAGGAAACCAGUACAUCUUCCGAGUGCGUGCAGAGAAUAAGAUGGGUCCCGGCCCCGCUGUGCAGAGUGAGUCCAUCGUGGCGGGCACUCAGUUCAGUGUACCCGGUAUCCCAGAUGCCCCGGAGGUCACCAAAAUCGCCAAAGAGGAGAUGACGGUGGAGUGGUGCGAGCCGGAGCACGACGGCGGCAAACCCAUUACCGGUUAUCUCCUGGAGAAACGCGAGGAGCACGCCGUACGCUGGUCCCCCAUCAACAAGGACCCCAUCCCGGGCACUCGCUUCACCGUCACCGGCCUGCUCCCUCUGCAUGAGUACCAGUACAGGGUCAAGGCCGUCAACGAGAUCGGAGUGGGAGGAGCCAGCAAGCCAUCGCGCGCCAUCACUGCCAAAGACACCGUGGAGCCGCCCGCUCCCCCCACCGCACUCAAGGUGCUAGACUCCACCCGCAGCUCGGUGACCCUGGGCUGGGUGAAGCCGGUGUCCGACGGGGGCGCUCCGCUGAUCGGAUACGUGGUGGAGAUGCGCCUCCAGGGCAGUAAGAAGGACGAGGGCUGGCGCCGCUGUAAUGUGGCGGCGCAGCUGACCGCGUGCGAGUUCACCGUCUCCAGCCUCAGCCACGAGCUCCUGUACGAAUUCAGAGUCUCCGCCCAGAACCAGGUGGGCAUGAGCCUGCCCUGUGACCUCGACGCGCCCGUCAUCCCCAAAGACAUCCUGGAGGCCCCAGAGAUAGACCUGGACGCGUCUCUGAAGCAGGGGCUGGUUGUGCGGGCCGGUUGCCCCAUCCGCCUGGUGGCGACCAUCCGUGGGCGGCCGCACCCGGAGGUGACGUGGCGCCGCAUGGGCAUCGAUAACGUGGUGAGGAAGGGCAGAGUCGACCUCAUCGACACCAUGACAUUCCUGGUGAUUCCUGACUCCACACGAGAUGACUCCGGAAAAUACUGCCUGACCCUACGCAGCCCGGCCGGAGAAAAGGCCGUGUUUGUGGCUGUCAAGGUCCUUGACACGCCCGGUCCUGUGCAGAACCUGGAGGUGUCAGACAUCACUCAGACGUCGAUGGUGAUGGCGUGGAGCGCCCCGGAGGUGGAUGGUGGUAGCGAGAUUCUGCAUUACCUGGUGGAGAAACGAGAGAUCGACAAAAAGACGUGGGCCACGGUUAAAGGGGAGGUCUUACCAGAUAAGAUCCCCUUUAAGGUCUCAGGCCUUCAGUCUGGCACAGAGUACUACUUCAGAGUCACCGCGGUCAACCAGUAUGGCCCAGGAGUACCCCGAGUCACCCCGACCUCCUACAUGGCCUCCGACCCCAUCAGUAAACCCGACCCGUGUGAGAAGGUGGAGGUCCUGGAGGCAAACCGCACGAAUGUGACUCUGGCCUGGGUCAAACCGCUGAGAGACGGCGGCGCCAAGAUCGACGGCUAUGUCAUCGAGUAUCUGGAGAUCAAACCCCCACCAGAGCCUAAACCAGAGCCCGAGCCCGCGGCCGAGGGUGAAGAGGGAGCUCCGGCCCCACCCCCACCCCCUCCCCCGGUGGUGGAGGAAGAGGAGGACGAGGAGGAGGUGAAGCCAAAGGAGGAGGUGCUGUGGAACGCCUACACCACGGUGAAGGGGCUGAGUGUGUCUGUGGGAGGACUCAAGGAAGGAAAACUGUACAAGUUCAGAGUCGCCGCCAAAAACAUCAUGGGACUCAGCUCGUUUACGGAGACGAGGGAGACGGUGGAGGCGAAGGAGCAGAGAGUGGAGCCUAAAAUCGUGAUGGCGGACACGGUCAGUGCGAGGGCGGGGGCAAAGCUGCGCGUGGAGGCGGUGGUGUCGGGUAAACCGGCGCCCGUGUGUAAAUGGAAACGCGGAGACGCCGCCGUGGUGCCGUCCAGCCGUCUCGCCGUGCACCAGUCCGCCAACCUGUGCGUCCUCAUCAUCAAAGACGUGUCCAGACUGGACAGCGGCGAGUACAGCCUCGUGGCCGAGAACACGUCAGGAACCAUCAGCCAGAGCCUGAAGAUCAUCAUCAAAGACAUCCCGGGUCCUCCCGAGGGUCCAGUGGUGAUCUCGGACAUCGACUCAGACGCCUGUUCUCUGUCGUGGAACAAACCGGUGGAGGACGGCGGCAGUAACAUCACCAACUAUGUGGUGGAGAAAUGCGACGUGAGCCGCGGCGACUGGGUGACCGCCGUGUCGUCCUGCCCCAAAACGAGCACCCGCCUCGGGAAGCUCAUCCCCGGGAAAGAGUACCUGUUUAGGAUCCGCGCCGAGAACCGCUACGGCGUGUCCGACCCCGUCCAGUCUGACCGCAUGGUGGCCAAGUUCCCCUUCGAUGUACCGAGCGAGCCGCUCAACUGUCGCGUCAAUAAGACAAACAAAGACUGUAUGUUUGUGGCGUGGGAGCGCCCCGAGAGCGACGGGGGCAGCCCCAUCACGGGGUACUACAUCGAGAGGAAGGAGAGGAACAGCCUGCUGUGGGUGAAGGCCAAUGACACCGUGGUGAGGACCACAGAGUACCCGUGCGCCGGCCUCAUCGAGGGGCUCGAGUACACUUUCAGAGUGUCCGCCAUCAACCGCGCCGGCCAAGGCAAACCCAGCGUCAAGACCGACUUUGUGACCGCCAGGACCCCCGUUGACGCUCCUGGGAAGCCUGAGGUUUUGGAUGUGACCAAGAACUCUGUGACUCUGGUCUGGACUCGGCCCAAGAACGACGGCGGGUCAAAGGUCAUGGGUUACUACGUGGAGUGUACGCGUGUGCCCGGUGACGCCUGGGUGCGCUGUAACACCAGCUCUCAGAACUGCCCUCGUGAGGAGUACACCGUCACAGGCCUCGAGAGGGACCUCACCUACCAGUUCAGAGUCAGCGCCAAGACCGCCGUCAACGUCAGCAAACCGUCUGAGCCCAGCGAGCCCGUGCUGGUGCAGGCCGAGAACGUUCCUCCCAGGAUCGAGCUCAGUGCCCGCAUGCAGAAGGGCUUUAAGGUGAAGGCCGGGACCACUCUUCUUCUGGAGGCCGAUGUCUUCGGUAAACCCCUCCCCCGGGUCACAUGGUCCAGAGGAGACCAGAGUCUGAAGAGCGGCCCGGGUCACGUGAUCACGCACGAGCGACAUCACUUCAACCUCGAGAUGAGUGAUCUCACGAAAGAACACACCGGUACAUACACCAUCCACGCUGAGAACGCCAGCGGCAGCAAGACCGCCGAGGUCCAGGUCAAUGUGCUCGACGUCCCCGGCGCUCCCGCCAGCUCUUCCUUCGUGGCGGUGACAGCGUCCAGCGUGGCACUGUCAUGGGAGCCCCCCCUGCAGGACGGAGGAGCACCGGUGAAGGCGUACAUCGUGGACAAACGCGAGACGAGCCGCGCCGAGUGGGCCCAGGUCUCUGCCAAGGUCAAAGGUGAUGCUAAGGAGUUCACCGUGGAGCGCCUGAUCGAGGGGCGUGAGUACCAGUUCAGGAUCAGAGCCGAGAACAUGUGGGGAGUGGGAGAUGCCCUGGUCACCGCUCCGGUCAUCGCCAAGAACCCCUACACCGUCCCUGGACCCUGCGAGGCUCCUGUGGUCACUAAUGUUCUGAAGGACCGUAUGACCGUGAGCUGGAAGGAGCCGUCGGACGACGGUCACUCCCCGAUCCUCGGAUACUUCCUGGAGAAAAAGGAGACCAAAGAAAUAAACUGGACCAAACUGAACCGCAAACCCAUGUCCGAGCGCUCGCUGGAGGUGUCCGGCCUCUCAGAGGGCACCGAGUACGAGUUCAGAGUCACCGCCGUCAACAUCGCCGGUGCCGGCAAACCCAGCGAGGCGUCUGCGGGAGCCACGGCCAUGAACCCCAUCACUCCCCCGGGCCCUGUACAGAACCCGAGUGUCACCGACAGCACAAACUCCACCCUGAGCGUGUCGUGGGGGGCGCCGGCGAAUAACGGCGGGAGCGCCAUCCUGGGGUACCUGGUGGAGUGCAAACGCUGCGACACCAACGACUGGAUCCGCUGCAACGUCCCACGUAACCUCCAGGAGACCAGCUACGUCAUCCAGAACCUUCUGCACAAGUCCGAGUAUCAGGUCCGAGUGUCCGCCGUCAACAAGGUCGGCUUCGGCGAGGCGGUGGAGGUGCCCGGCAAGCACACGGUCAAAGACAUCAUCGUGGCUCCGGAGGCUGAACUGAGCGCUGAGCUGAAGGACGGUCUGGAGCUCAAAGCCGGACAGACCAUGAGACUGAGUGCCACCUACAGGGGUCGCCCUACACCCAGAGUUACCUGGAACAAGAUGAACUCCAACCUGAAGGACCGUCAGGGCGUGGUCAUCAAAACCACCGCCUCCGACGCCUCUGUCACCGUGGAGAACGUCAACCGCUACGACGGCGGCAAAUACAUCCUCAACCUGGAGAGCGCCGUGGGCAUGAAGAUGUACACUGUGCUCGUCAAGGUGCUCGACACCCCUGGACCUCCUGGAAACAUCUCAGUGAAGGAGACGACCAAAGACUCCGCAGAGCUGUACUGGGAUGUUCCUCUGUUGGACGGAGGCUCUGAGGUCACACAUUAUGUCGUGGAGAAACGUGACACAGAGAGAAAAGCCUGGUCCAUUGUCUCCCACAACUGCCCAAAGACGAGCUUCAAGGUGUCGGACCUUGAGGCUGGACGCAACUACGUCUUCAGAGUGUCUGCGGUCAACGCGCUGGGGGUGGGAGAGAGCUGCGAGACCCCCGACGCCGUGAAGGCUUCAGAGGAGCCUGGUCCAGUCAUGGACUUUAAGACUCUGUUGGUGACCCGUGACUCGUGCACUCUGAGCUGGAAGAAGCCUCUGACAGAUGGAGGUUCACGCAUCACCUGCUACAUCUUGGAGGUCCUCAACGGAGAAGACAAGUACAAGGAGCUCAUGAGGUCUAAGAACAUGCAGUACAGCGCCAAAGACCUGGUGGAGGGUCGUGAGUACAACUACAGAGUGAAGGCUGUGAACGACGCCGGAGAGAGCUCCCCCAAAGAACUCACUGUGGUCGCCAAAGACCAGAUCAUUCACCCGAGCCUGGACCUGCGUGAGCUGCCGAACAUGGUCUAUGUGGCCAAAGAGGGUACCAAUGUCCGGCUGAAGAUCCCAGUGAUUGGAAAACCCACUCCCAAAGUGUCCUGGAAGAAGGGAGACGACGAGGAUCUGACAGAUACGGGUCGUGUCUGUGCCGAGUCCACCGCCGUCAACACCACCCUCCUGAUCCGAGACUGCCAGAGGAGCGACGCCUCCAAAUAUGUCAUCACCCUGAGGAACAGCGCAGGCACCAAGGAGUCCACCAUCUUUAUCAGAGUCGUGGGCAAACCCGGCAUCCCCAUCGGCCCCGUCAAGUUCAAGGACGUGACGGCAGAUGGCGCCACCCUCCGCUGGGGCGCUCCUAAAGACGACGGCGGCUCCGAGAUCACGAACUACAUCCUGGACAAGAGAGACUCAGUCACUAACAUGUGGGUGACCGUGUCGUCUAACGUGGACGGAAACAGCUUCAGAGUCACCGGGCUCCACGAGGGAACAGAGUACAUCUUCAGAGUGAGCGCCGAGAACAAGUACGGUGUCGGAGAGGGACUGAAGUCUGAGCCAUGCGUGGCCAAGCACCCCUUCAACGUCCCCGAUGCUCCUCCUCCUCCUCAGAUCAUGAGCAUGAGGCACGACUCGGCGUAUCUGGCCUGGAUGGACCCCAGGAAGACCGGCGGCUCCCCCAUCACGGGUUACCACGUGGAGUUUAAGGAGAGGAACAGUAUGCUGUGGAAGCGUGCCAGCCCCGCAGCGCUCAGGAUGAAGGAGCACAAAGUGACCGGACUGACUGAAGGCCUCGAGUACGAGUUCAGAGUCAUGGCCAUAAACCUGGCAGGAAUUGGUCGCCCCAGUGCCCCCACUGACCCACAGGUGGCGCUAGACCCCAUCGACCCUCCCGGUAAACCUGACGUAGUCUCCAUCACUCGUAGCACAGUGACGCUGCAGUGGGCGGAGCCUUUGUCCGACGGUGGGCACAGACUGACUGGGUACAUCGUGGAGAGGCGCGACCUGCCCUCCAAGAUCUGGGUCAAAUGCAACACAGUGAACGUGGUAGACCCAGCCUACACCGUGACCGACCUCCAGGAGGGAUGCAAGUACGAGUUUAGGAUCCGAGCCAAGAACGCAGCCGGAGCCCUGAGCCCUCCCUCCGACCAGACGGACACCAUCAUGUGCACUGACGAAUACGCCUCCCCGACCAUCAUUAUCGACGCUCAGGUGAAGGAGGGGCUGACUGUACGUGCCGGGGACACCAUUGUCAUCACGGCCACCAGCAUCUUGGGUAAACCUGCGCCCACUUCCUGUUGGUCCAAGGGCGGAAAAUACUUCAAACCCUCCGAUAUCGUCCACAUCGAGGCCACAGAGACCUCCUCCACACUGUCCCUCAAAUAUGCCAGCCGCAAAGACUCCGGAGAGUACACCAUCACUGCCACCAACCCCUUCGGCGUGAAGGAGGAGACGGUCAACGUGAAGGUGCUGGAUGUGCCCGCUGCACCCGGACCCAUUGAGUGCAGCGGUAUCUCCUCUGAGAAGGUCACACUCACCUGGACAGCUCCCCUGGAGGAUGGAGGGGCCCCCAUCAAACACUACACUCUGGAGAAGCGGGAGACCAGUCGUCUGCUGUGGACCGUGCUGGAGAAGAAGGUCCUGGACUGUCACUACAUCGCCCACAAACUUAUCCAAGGAAAUGAGUACUUCUUUAGAGUCCGCGCCGUCAACCAGUACGGCACCAGUGAGCCCGCCCAUUCAGAGGCCGUCAAGAUGGUGGACAGAUACGGUCCUCCCGGACCUCCAUCCAAGCCCGAGGUGGAGAAAGUAGAUGGCCACUCUGCCACUGUGACCUGGCGCCGCCCGGCAGACGACGGCGGUAGUGACAUCAUCAGCUACUGCGUGGAGAAGAAGGAGAAGAAGGGCAUGAGAUGGGUCCGAGCCUCAAAGAAGCCAGUCACCGAACUGACCUUCGAGGCCACUGGACUCACCGAGGGAAUAGAAUACGAGUUCAGGGUUAUGGCAGAGAACCGCGCCGGGUUUGGAGAGCCCAGCGAGCCUUCCAUGCCCGCCCGAACCAUUGUGGCUGCCUUCCCUCCUGGCCCUCCUGUGAACCCCCGUGUCACCGACACCACUAAAACUACGGCCACUUUGAACUGGGGCAAACCGCUGGACAACGGCGGUAUGGAAGUGACCGGGUACAUCAUUGAGCACCGCAAAGAUGGCACCGAGGAGUGGGUGAAGGACACUCCCUCGUCCCCACUCAGGAUCACAGAGUUUGUGGUGCCUGGGCUGGAGGCUGGAGCCAAAUACUUCUUCAGAAUCAGCGCAGUGAAUGCCAAAGGAGCAGGCGAACCAGCCGAGACGCAGGAGGCCGUGGAGAUCCUUGAGAGAGCCGCUGAGCCAGAGUUUGAGCUGGACGUGGAGCUGAGGCGGACUCUGGUGGUGCGCGCUGGCUGCUCCAUUCGGAUGUUCGUCCCCAUUAAAGGACGUCCCUCUCCCAGCGUCACAUGGACCAAAGAGGGAGGAGCCGUGACCAGAGCAGUGAUUGACAGCACUGAGUCCUUCACCAUGCUCCUGAUCCCCGAGAGCACACGUAAUGAUGCCGGCAAAUACGAGCUCACACUGGAGAACGCGUCUGGCAAAAAGACAGCUGAAGUCCACGUGCGUGUGCUAGACUCCCCAGGACCCCCCAUCAACCUCAAACCGGUGAAGAUUGACAAAGAGAGCAUCACUCUGUCUUGGGAAAUGCCACUCAUUGAUGGCGGCGCUAAAAUCACCAACUACAUCAUCGAGAAGAGAGAGUCCACGCGCAAAGCCUUCGCAACCUGUGUCAUGCACUGCCCCACCACCUCUGCCCGCAUUGGCGAGUUGGGAGAAGGCUGCGAGUACUACUUUAGAGUGUCUGCAGAGAACGAGUAUGGCAUUGGAGAGGCUGUCGAGACGUCCGAUCCCAUCCGUGCCUCUCAGGCACCCACUCCUCCCCCAAGCAUUGUCCCUACAGACAUCACCAAGAACUCAGUCAGUCUGGCCUGGACCCGCCCCAAACACGACGGCGGCAGCCGCAUCACUGGCUACGUCCUGGAGGCGCAGAAGAAGGGCACAGACCAGUGGGCACAUGUCACCACUGUCAAAACCAUGGACUUCAUUGUUAAGAACCUGAAUGAAAAUGAGGAGUACAUCUUCCGUGUGAUGGCUGUGAACCUGUCGGGCCGCAGUGCACCACGCGAAAGCAAACCCAUCACCGUGAAAGAGUCCACCAUGCUUCCAGAGUUCGACCUGCGCGCUGUGUGCCAGAAGACUGUCAUCGCCAAGGCCGGAGAUGAUAUCAAAGUGGAGAUCCCAGUAAUAGGCCGCCCACGUCCCACUGUGUCCUGGCAGAAGGAUGGCACUGCUCUGAAGCUCACACAGAGGACCAACGCAGAGAUGACAGGUGCCACCGUGGUGCUCAGCAUCGGCGAGUGUAACCGCAGUGACUCCGGUGUCUACACCAUGACUGGCAAGAACAUUGCAGGAACCGUCUCCGAAAAUCUCAUCGUUAGAGUGCACGAUGUCCCCGGACCACCCAAGGGACCCGUGAAGAUUGUGGAAAUCUCCAGGACAUACUGCGUGUUCUCCUGGGAGCCGCCAGAGAACGAUGGUGGAGUUCCCAUCAACAACUAUGUGGUGGAGAUCAGAGACACGACAUCGCAGACCUGGACCGAGCUCUCGGCCACCGUCAUUCGCACCGUCUUUAAAGCCGUGCGGCUCAACACUGGCUCUGAGUAUCAGUUCAGAGUCAAAGCCAAGAACAGGUAUGGUGCUGGACCACCCAUCACCUCUGAGGCCGUGGUUGCUGCUUAUCCCUUCAAAGUCCCUGGACCCCCCGGCACUCCGCACGUGGUGGCCUUCACCAAAGACUCCAUCACCGUGGGCUGGAAUGAGCCCGUGUCGGAUGGAGGCAGUGAAGUGCUUGGGUACCAUGUUGAGCGUAAGGAGCGCAGCAGUAUCAUAUGGACCAAGAUCAGCUCCAGCAUGGUCAAAGGAAACAUCUUUAAGUCCAGCGGCCUGGAGGAUGGCAUGGCCUACGAGUUCAGAGUCAGCGCUGAGAAUCUGGCUGGCAUUGGCAAAGCCAGCAAAGCUUCCGAGGCCAUCCUCGCCCUGGACCCCGUGGACCCGCCGGGCCAGCCUGAGCCCGUGUUUGUCAACAAGAAUGUCAUCACCAUCCAGUGGACCAAGCCCGAGUAUGACGGCGGCUUCAAGAUCACCGGCUACACAGUGGAGAAGAAGGAGCUACCGGAUGGGCGCUGGAUCCGAGCCAACUUCACCAAUAUCAUGGAGACACAGUUCACUGUGAGUGGCCUGACACAGGAUGCCUCCUACGAGUUCAGGGUCUUUGCUCGGAACGCGGCGGGUUCUGUCAGCAUGCCCUCCGACCCAUCUGACCCAAUCACUUGUCGUGACGACAUCGUGGAGCCACGCAUCAUGGUAGAUGCUGUUUUCAGAGAUGUGGUGCAGCUGAAGGCUGGAGAGUCAUUCAAAUUGGAUGCAGACAUCGCAGGGCAACCCACGCCUUCCAUGGUCUGGACCAAGAACGGCAAAGAGGUGGAGAACACCCUGAAGCUGGAGGUGCGCUUCACCGAACUUACUACCACGCUCACCAACAAAGACUCGGUGAGAGCCGAUGGAGGAGAGUUCGUCCUCACUGCCACCAACGUGGGAGGAUUUGCAAAACACAUCUUCAAAGUCAAAGUCCUGGACCGGCCUGGGCCCCCAGUCGGACCACUCAAAGUGUCUGAUGUCACAGCCGAUAACUGUGUCAUUGCCUGGGCACCUCCUGCAGAUGACGGUGGUGCCAAAAUUGAAGGCUAUGUCAUUGAAAAGCGCGAGUCGAGUCGCUUGGUCUGGACCAGUGUGGCCUCAGAUCUGCAGGUCACAGAGUACAAAGUCACCAAACUGCUCAAAGGAAAUGAGUACAUCUUCAGAGUCAUGGCCCUGAACAAAUACGGCCUGGGAGAGUCUCUGGAGUCUGAGCCCACAAUCGCAGACAAUCCCUACACUGUCCCUGACCCACCUGAGAACCCUGAGGUCACUGCCAUCACCAAAGACUCCAUGGUGCUAAUGUGGCAGGAGCCAAAGAGCAACGGAGGCACCCCCAUCACACACUACAAUGUGGAGAGGAAGGACCGUAUUGGCCUCCGCUGGGUCAAGUGCAACAAGAGGAAAGUGAAGGAGCUGCAGUUCAGAGCGGGUGGGCUCGUCCCUGGACACAUGUAUGAGUUCAGGGUGACGGCAGAGAACGCAGCUGGAAUCAGUGCUCCCAGCAUCUCCAGCCCCUUCUACAAAGCGACAGACACAUUGUACGUACCAGGCGCUCCUUGCAACCCCAGAGUCCUAGACACCACCAAGUCCUCCAUCACUGUGGCCUGGAACAAACCUGUGUACGAUGGUGGCUCGGAGGUCACUGGCUAUGUUGUGGAAACCUGCAUUCCCUGUGAGAAGGAGGAGGAUGAGGAGUGGACCAUUAGGACACCGAAGGAGGGUUUGAAGGCCACAAACUUCACCAUCCUGAACCUAAAGGAGAACCAGGAGUACAAGAUCCAGAUCUCUGCCCUGAACAGUGAAGGCAUGGGUGAGGCCGCUGCUGUGCCUGAAAAUCCAAAAGCUGAGGACCGCUUGCUGCCACCUGAGAUGGAUGUGGACGCAGAGCUCCGGAAGGUGGUGAGCCUCAGAGCCUGCUGCUCGUUGCGGCUGUUCGUCCCCAUCAGAGGGCGCCCUACUCCAACUGCCAAAUGGACCAAAGAGGAUGGAGAAACCGUGGAGAGAGCCACCAUUGACACCACCACCUCCUACACCUCCCUGGUCAUUGAGAACGUGAACCGCUUCGACAGUGGCAAAUACAAUCUCACUGUGGAGAACAGCUCCGGCUCCAAGACCGUCACAGUCCAAGUGCGAGUCCUGGACACUCCAAGCGCUCCUCAGAACCUCAAGAUCACGGCCGUAACCUACGAGUCCGUCACACUCACCUGGGACCCUCCAGCCAAUGACGGUGGCGUCAAAAUAAAGAACUACAUCGUGGAGAAGCGCGAGUCCACCAGAAAGGCCUAUGCCACGGUCAAAGCCAACUGUCACAGCACCACCUUCACCGUGGACCAGCUUCUCGAGGGCUGCAACUACUACUUCAGAGUCCUGGCUGAGAACGAGUAUGGUAUCGGCCUUCCCAUCGAGACCAUCGAGUCUGUCAAAGUGUCUGAGAAACCACAGCCUCCAGGAAAGAUCAUACUGAAGGACGUGACAAAGAGCAGCGUGACUCUAACCUGGGAGAAGCCCGCGCACGAUGGUGGCUCCAGAGUCGGGUGCUACGUUGUGGAGGUUCAGCCCAAAGGAGUAGAAAAGUGGACCCAGGCACUGAUCGUCAAGGAGACGGAGGCCACCAUCAGUAAUCUGAACGCCGGGGAGGAGUACAUGUUCCGUGUCGCUGCCAGGAACGAGAAAGGCACAAGCGACCCACGGCAGAUUGGUGUCCCCGUCAUUGUUAAAGACCUGGUCAUCGCUCCCGACGUGAAGAUGCUGUUCAACACCUUCAGUGUUCUUGCCGGAGAGGACCUCACCAUCGACAUCCCAUUCGUGGCUCGACCCAAAGCUGCUGUGUCUUGGGUCAAAGAUGGAGUGCCGCUCAAGAGAACUACCAGGGUGAACUUCAGUGCCACAGAAACAAUGCUUAACCUGAACAUUAAAGAAGCCACCAGAGAGGAUGUGGGCCAGUACCUGAUCACUCUGACCAACACGGCCGGAGAGACAAAAGCUGAGGUGGGAGUGGUUGUCCUGGAUAAGCCAGGCCAGCCCAUGGGUCCAGUCAAAGUGGAGGAGGUGACAUCCGAUAGCAUCAGCAUCUCCUGGAGCCCGCCUGAGUACCAAGGAGGCUGCACCGUCAAACACUACAUCGUGGAAAAAAGAGACACGUCCACCACCACUUGGACCAUGGUGUCUCCCAACCUUGCACGCACCAAAGUGAAGGCCGGCAGGCUGAAGACCGGGUCCGAGUACCAGUUUAGGAUCACAGCCGAGAACAGAUACGGCAAAGGCCCAGUGCUGUUGUCAGAGUGUAUAACUGCGCAGUACCCCUACAAACUGCCUGGACCUCCAGGUACUCCCUCUAUUGCAGUCUGCACCAAAGACACCAUGGUGGUGGCCUGGAAUGAGCCAGUGAACGACGGUGGCAGUGCCAUCCUGGGUUACCACCUUGAGCGCAAAGAGAGGAACAGCAUCCUGUGGGUGAAGCUCAACAAGUCCCUAAUCACCGAUCAGACCUUCAAAACCUCAGGCCUGGAGCCCGGCCUCGAGUACGAGUACCGUGUCUAUGCAGAGAACAUUGUCGGCAUCGGCAAAGUCAGCAAAGUGUCGGAAGGCGUUGUGGCGAGGGACCCGUGCGAUCCUCCGGGUACUCCUGAGGCAACAAAGAUCACCAAGGACUCUGUGACAAUUGUAUGGACCAAACCUGAGUAUGACGGUGGAGCCAAAGUCACCGGUUACAUUGUGGAGAAGAAGGAACUGCCCGAAGGCCGCUGGCUCAAAGCCAACUUCACAAAUGUCAUCGAGACAGAAUAUGUUGCCACCGGACUUGUCCCCGAUAACCAAUACGAGUUUAGAGUGAUUGCACGAAAUGCAGCUGGAGUGUUCAGUUUGCCAUCCUACAGCACCGGCCCCAUCACUGCCAAAGACGAGAUCGAACCGCCGCGCCUCAGCAUUGACCCCGAGUAUACUCAGACUCUCGUCGUCAACGCUGGAGACAACUUCAAGAUUGACGCAGACGUGCAUGGGAAACCACUGCCCUCUAUCCACUGGAUGAUGGGAGAGCAGGAGCUGGGCAACACCAUCCACAGGGAGAUCAAGAAUUUGCCCACAAAGGCAUUCAUUUCAGUGAAAGAGGCUAAAUUGUCUGACGGAGGAGAGUACACACUGCUGCUCAGGAACCCCGGAGGAGAGAAGUCCGUGAAGGUGAAUGUGAUGGUUCUGGAUAAACCUGGCGAGCCACAGGGACCUGUAAAUGUGACUGGAAUCAUGAAGGACCGCUGCUGCAUCUCAUGGAAGGCUCCACUUCAGGACGGCGGCUCAAAGAUCUCUCACUACAUUGUGGAGAGACGUGAGACCAGCCGCCUUGUGUGGACAGUGAUUGACCCCAAAGUGGAGAGCACCUGUCUGAAAGUGACCAAACUCUUGGAGGGAGAUGAGUACAUCUUCAGGAUCAGAGCAGUGAACCAGUUUGGAGUGGGAGCACCUCUAGAGUCCGCUCCAGUCCUGAUCAAAGACCCUUACCUCCCGCCAGAAGCGCCCAAAGCUCUGGAAGUCUCAGACAUUAAAAAGGACUCUAUGUUGCUGACAUGGGAGGCUCCUUCUGAGGAUGGAGGCAGCCCCAUCACAGGCUACAUCAUUGAAAAACAUGACAAAGAGGGAGUAAGGUGGACACGCUGCAACAGAGCCACUGUCACUGAUCUCACCUUCAGAGUUACCGGGCUUUUGGAGAGCCACAUCUAUGAGUUCAGAGUCGCAGCUGAAAAUGCCAUCGGCGUCGGAGAGGCCAGUUCCCCCACCGUCUUCUUCAGAGCUGUGGACCCCGUGUUCAAACCGGGCCCUCCGCAUCACCCCAGAGUCCUGGACACCUCCAAAUCCAGCGUGCUUUUGUCCUGGGGCAAACCGGCAUGCGACGGUGGCUGUGAGAUCCAGGCAUACAUCGUGGAGUGUUGCACCACCACAGCUCCAGUCGAACCUGCACCCGAGGCCCCAGCAGAGGAGGCUGCUGCCCCAGAGGCUCCUGUUGAGGAGUGGGUCAUGUGCACACCACCUGCUGGCAUUAAACACAAAAAAUAUGAAGUCACAAACCUGAAGGAAAACCAGGCCUACAAGUUCAGAGUCUGCGCUGUGAACAAAGUGGGUGUAGGUGAAGCUGCAGAUGUCUCCGGGGUCAUCGUGGCCCAGGACAAAGUGGAGGAGCCGGACCUCGACAUCGAUCCUGAACUUCGCAACAUUGUUUCCAUCAAAGCCGGUGCUUCUCUCAGACUCUUUAUCCCAAUCAAAGGCCGCCCCACUCCCACUGUUAAGUGGGGAAAAGACGAGUCGCCACUGAAGGAGACUGCACAGGUGGAGAUCACGAGCAGUUAUACUUCUCUCGUCAUUGACAAAAUGAGUCGCAACGACAGCGGCAAAUACUCCAUCACCGUUGAGAACGCCAGCGGAACCAAGUCCGCCUAUAUUGUGGUGCGCGUCCUGGACACGCCGAGUGCCCCAAUCAACCUUAAGGUCCAGGAGAUCACAAACCAGUCAGUCACUCUGGCUUGGGAACCACCUCUUCUGGAUGGAGGUUCAAAGAUCAAAAACUACAUUGUGGAAAAGAGAGAGAGCACCCGUAAGACCUACGCCGCUGUGGUCACAAACUGCCAUGCACUGUCCUGGAAGGUGGAGCCUUUGCAGGAGGGCUGCAGCUACUACUUCCGAGUCCUGGCAGAGAAUGCUCAUGGCGUGGGGCUGCCCGCCAUCAUUGUGGACCCUCUUAAGGUCUCAGAGGUGCCUCAGUGCCCUAAGAACCUGAUCGUCACAGAUCAGACCAAGACAAGCAUAUCUCUGGCCUGGGAGAAGCCGGAGUACGAUGGAGGUAGCAGAGUGCUGCAAUAUCUGCUGGAGGUGCAGCUCAAAGGGCAGGAGAAGUGGAACGGUGUCAACACAUUUAAGACGAUGGAGGCCACAGUGUCCAACCUGAACCCAGGAGAAGAGUACCUGUUCAGAGUCACUGCCAUCAAUGACAAGGGCAAGAGUGACCCACGGGUGCUCUCCGGCCCCGUCAUGACUAAAGAUCUGGUGAUCGAGCCUGAUGUGCGUCCAGCCUUCAGCAACUACAGUGUUCACGUUGGAAAGGACCUGAAUGUCGUCAUUCCGGUGAUCGGCCGUCCCAAACCUGUCGUGAGCUGGAGCAAGGAUGGAGCACCUCUGAAGUUCACUACACGUGUGAACAUUGUGAGUACGGCCAGCACGACCGCUCUCAGCAUCAAAGAGGCAGCAGGAGACGAUGGCGGCAUGUAUACUGUCAGCGUCACAAACACAGCUGGAAAGAAGGACACCUCCAUUGAGAUCAUCGUCCUGGACAAACCUGGUCCUCCGUCGGGCCCUGUGAGGUUCAACGAGAUCACAACUCAGAGCGUCACCCUCUCCUGGGACCCACCCAAACACAACGGUGGCUGCCAGAUCUCAAACUACAUCAUUCAGAAGAGAGACACGACCACCACCACUUGGGAGAACGUCAGCAUCAACUGCGCGAGGACCAGCAUCAAAGUGACCCGACUCAAGACUGGCUCAGAGUACCAGUUCAGGAUCAUUGCUCAGAACAAAUAUGGAAAGAGCCAUGGCCUGGACUCCCCAACUGUGGUGGCACAGUACCCGUACAGAGAGCCCGGUCCCCCGGGCACUCCCUUCAUUGCCUCUCUGUCUCGCGACCACCAGGUUGUGGAGUGGCACGAGCCCAUCUCUGACGGAGGUUCCCCGAUCCUGGGCUACCACCUAGAGAGGAAGGAAAGGAACAGCAUCCUGUGGGUAAAGAUCAACAAGACACUGAUCCAUGAGACCACGUUCAAGAGCUACCCACUAGAGGAGGGCGUAGAGUACGAGUACCGCGUUUAUGCCGAGAACAUCGUGGGUGUUGGCCGCUGCAGCAAAGUGUCUGAGGGCUGCGUGGCACGUGACCCAUGCGACCCACCCGGUCAGCCUGAGCCCACCCAUGUUACCAAAGACACAAUUGUGAUUCAGUGGACCAAACCUGAGUAUGAUGGCGGCAGCAGCAUCACUGGCUACACCGUGGAGAAACGCGACCUGCCCGAGGGACGCUGGGUCAGAGCCAACUUCACCAAUGUCAUCGAGACACAGUUUACUGUCACUGGCCUCACUGAGAAUGCUCAGUAUGACUUCAGAGUUAUCGCCAAGAAUGCUGUGGGCACCAUUAGCAAGCCGUCCUUCAAUACUGGCCCCAUCACCGCCAGCGACAGCAUUGAAGCACCUAAAUACUCCAUUGAUCCAGAGUUCACAAAGACCAUUGUCAUAAACGCUGGAGAGACAUUUAAACUCGACGCAGAUGUGCGUGGAAAACCUCCUCCAACAAUGCAGUGGUUCAAGGACGAGAAGCCGAUUGAAAACACACUGAGACUUGAGAUCAAAAACUCUGAGACUCGAGCAUUGAUGGUCAUUAAAGACUGUGUACGUGUUGAUGGGGGGCUGUACGUGCUGCAUCUCACCAAUGAGGCUGGCAGUGAGACCAUUCCCUUUAAAGUGGUAGUUCUGGACAGACCCAGCAUCUGUGAGGGCCCUCUGCAUGUGACUGGAGUGGCUGAGGACAGGUGCACGCUUGCCUGGCGGGCGCCGCUCCACGAUGGCGGCAGUGCAGUCACUCACUACGUAAUUGAGCGCAGAGAGACAAGCCGCUUGGCCUGGACUGUUGUCUGCAGCAGCUGCACCGCCCCUUGUUACAAAGUUACCAAACUGCUGGAAGGAAAUGAGUACACAUUCCGUGUGAUGGCUGUGAACAAGUAUGGCACCAGUGAACCUCUGGAGUCUGGGAAUGUGGUCAUGAGAACGCCGUUCGUGGCUCCGGGACCACCCCACAUCGAGGACGUCUCACACAUUGCUCGUGACGGAAUGACACUCACAUGGACCGCCCCUGAAUCCGACGGAGGCAGCGAGAUCACGGGAUACGUCAUAGAGAAGAAGGACAGAGCUGGAAUCAAAUGGACCAGAUGUAACCGUCAGAAAGUGACUGACCUGUCUUUCAGAGUAACCGGUCUGAGCACAGGCCAUGAGUAUGAGUUCAGAGUCUCUGCGGAGAACAUUGUGGGAACCGGAGAGCCCAGUCUGCCCAGCUCUUACUACAGAGCAUGUGACCCUAAGUUCAAACCCGGAGCUCCCAGCUACAUCAACGUUAUUGACUCCACUAAGUCCUCCCUCUCUCUGGCCUGGGGCAAACCCACAACUGACGGUGGCAGUCCCAUCCAGGGCUACAUUGUAGAGGUGUGCAAAGCUGAGGAGGAGGAGUGGACCAUGGUCACUCCUGCCACCGGCCUCAGGCUCAACAAAUACGAGAUCACAAAGCUGGCAGAAGGACAGGAAUAUAAAGUUCAGGUGUGCGCUCUGAACAAACUAGGCGUAGGUGAGGCAGCUGUCCUCUCUGGCACUGCAAAGACCGAAGACCGCGAGGAGCCUCCGCAGAUCCACCUGGACUCCGAGCUCAGGAAAGGCAUUGUGGUGAAAGCUGGGGCUUCCGUUAGAAUCCAUGUCCCGUUCAAGGGCCGCCCGCUGCCUGAGAUUAAGUGGAGCAAAGAUGAGGGCGACCUGCCGGAGAGGGCUGUAGUGGAGAAGGCCCUGAUGUUCACUCAGCUGUGCAUCGACUCCAGUGACAGAAACGACUCCGGGAAGUACACACUGAGCCUCACCAACAGCAGCGGCACUGUGUCUGAGGUUGUGUCUGUCAAAGUUCUGGACACGCCCUCCGCACCUCUCAACCUCGUCGUCAAAGAAGUCAAAACUGACUCUGUGACGCUGGUAUGGGACAUGCCUCUCGUUGAUGGAGGCUCUAAAAUCAAAAACUACGUCAUUGACAAACGUGAAUCCACCAGAAAGGCCUAUGCCAACGUCUCCGUAAAAUGUACAAAGACCACAUUCAAAGUAGAAAAUCUUAUCGAGGGUGCCAUGUACUACUUCAGAGUGUCCGCAGAGAAUGAGUUUGGAGUGGGACAGUCUGUGGAAACAAAGACCGCCUCCAAAGCUGCUGAAGUACCUCUGCCGGUGGGAAAAAUCUAUCUGACAGAUGUGACUAAAGUGAGCGCAACUUUGGCCUGGGAGAAACCAGAGCAUGAUGGAGGAAGCAGAAUCGGAGGUUACCUAAUCGAGAUGCUGCCCAAAGGAACUGACAAAUGGGGCGUGGCAGCAAAUGUGAAGACCUGUGAGGGCACCGUGAAAGGGCUGACAGCCGGAACAGAGUACAUGUUCAGAAUCAUCGCCUACAAUGACAAAGGCAAGAGCGAGCCCAAAGCCUUAGCUGCUCCCGUGAUUGCCGCAGACAUGACGAUGGAGCCCAGCAUUAAACUGCAGUUCAACAGUUACACUGUUCUCUCCGGAAAAGAUCUGAAGCUGGAGUUUCCAGUGAUCGGACGCCCCAAACCCAGAGUAACAUGGACCAAAGACGGGCAGCCGCUCAAAGUCACUUCCAGAGUCAAUGUGGUCAACACAGAAAGCAGCACCUCCAUCUCAAUCACAGAAGCCUGCAAAGAUGACCUCGGCAAGUACUCCAUCACUGCUACUAACUCUGCAGGCACAGCCACGGAGGAGGUGUCUGUGAUCAUCCUGGACAAACCCGGGCCACCCAAAGGUCCUGUGAAAGUGGUAGAAGUGAGCAACACGUUUGUGCAUCUUGCCUGGGAACCACCAGAGUACACAGGAGGAUGUCAGGUCAAAAAUUACAUUGUUGAGAAACGUGACACAACGACACAGACAUGGCAGUCCGUCACUGCACAGCUUGCAAGAACGGCAUACAAAGUUACCAAACUGAAGACCGGCGCCGAGUACCAGUUUAGAAUCAUUGCAGAGAACAGGUAUGGAAAGGGAGCGCCUCUGGACUCCAAGUCUAUUGUGGUGCAGUACCCAUACAAGCCACCAGGUCCCCCCGGAACACCCUACAUCAAAUCUGCCACAAAAGAAAUGAUGAUUGUGGAGUGGAACGAGCCGGUGAAUGACGGAGGAAGCCCUGUAAUUGGCUACCACCUUGAGAGCAAAGAGAGAAGCAGCAUUCUGUGGAACAAACUUAACAAGACGCUCAUUGCUGACACGCAGUUCAAGAUCUGUAAUUUGGAGGAAGGGAUUGGGUACGAGUUCAGAGUAUAUGCUGAGAACAUCGUCGGAAUUGGUCGCUGCAGUAAAGUGUCUGAGUCCUUUGUUGCUCGUGAUCCUUGUGAUCCUCCCAGCGCUCCUGAAGCCAUAACCAUCUCCAAAAACCUGAUAAAGAUCCAAUGGACCAAACCACAGUAUGAUGGUGGCAGCAAAGUAACUGGAUAUAUUGUGGAGAGGAAGGAUCUUUCGUCUCCCGAUGGGCAUUGGGUUAGAGCAAACUUCACCAACAUCGCAGACACUGAGUACACCGUCACAGGCCUGGCUGAGGGAGAACAGUAUGACUUUAGAGUCAUUGCCAGAAAUGCAGCCGGAGUUUUCAGUGAGCCGUCUGACAGCUCUGGACCCAUCACUGCCACAGAUGAAAUUGAGCCUCCACGCGCCUCGAUGGACCCCAAAUACAAGGACGUCAUUGUGGUGAACGCUGGAGAAAACCUUGUGCUAGAUGCUGAUGUUUAUGGCAAGCCUUUCCCUGAGAUCAGCUGGCACAAAGAGGGCAAAGAGAUGGACAAAGCUCUUCGUAUUGAGGUGAAACUUGCCUUAAAGCGCGCCUCCAUGACCAUUAAAGAUGUGACCAAACUCGACAGUGGAAACUAUGAUCUUGUGCUGAAAAAUCUUGGAGGCACAAAGAACUUCCCCAUUGUUGUUAAAGUCCUGGACAAACCAGGCGCUCCUGCCGGCCCCAUGAAGGUGACAGGUGUGAUGUCUGACCACUGCACACUCGCCUGGGCUCAGCCCACUCUGGACGGAGGUGCCCCCAUCACACACUACACCUUGGAGAAGAGAGAGACUAGCCGACUUUCCUGGACUGUGGUCGCACCCAAAAUCGAUGGACUCUUCUACAAGGUCAAGAACCUGCUCCCGUCUGAGGAAUACAUCUUCAGAGUGAGAGGCGUGAACAAAUACGGUGUCGGCGACUUUCUGGAGAGUGAACCCAUUGUUGCCCGUAACCCGUACAAACCCCCGAGUGCCCCGGGCACUCCCGAGGCCAGUGAAAUCACUAAGGACUCUAUGCUGCUUUCCUGGUCUGCUCCAGAGAACACUGGUGGAGCAGAGAUCCAGGGUUACCACCUGGAGAAGCGUGACAAAGACAGUGUGAGGUGGACCAAGUGCAACAGAGAGAAGCUCUUGGAGACCAGCUUCAGAGUAACUGGUCUGAUGACUGACCACUUCUAUGAAUAUCGUGUCGCCGCUGAAAAUGAGGCAGGAAUGGGUGACAUGAGUGAGCUAUCUCUCCUCUAUAGAGCAUGUAAUGCCCUUACUCCCCCCGGGCCCCCACAUCACCCUAAAGUCAUAGACUACUCCAAGACCUCAGUAUCCCUGUCCUGGGGCAAACCCAGCUUUGAUGGAGGUGCAUAUGUUAAGGGCUACAUCGUGGAAAUGAGGGAGUACACACCAAUACCCGAGGAAACCGAGGAGGCAGAGGUGGCUCCCGCAGUUGAACCAGUUGUGGAGAAAGAAUGGUCCAUGUGCACUCCUCCCACUGGAAUCCAAGCAACAAAACUGACCAUCACAGACCUGAAGGAGGGAGGAGAGUACCAGUUCAGAGUGUGUGCCAUAAACUCGGAGGGCGUGGGUGAAGCUGCCAAUGUCCAUGGCACUGUGGUCACCUCGUCCCGCGCCGAGGCCCCAGAGAUGGAGCUGGACGCUGAGCUGAGGAAGGUUGUGUCUGUGCGCGCUGGUGGAACUCUGCGCCUGUUUGUGACGAUCAGAGGACGCCCAGAGCCCACAGUGAAAUGGGAGAAGGUAGAGGGCACUCUCACUGACCGUUCUGCCAUUGACACCACCAGCUCCUACACCAUGUUGGUCAUUGAUAACGUGAACAGGUUUGACAGUGGAAAGUACUCACUCACACUUGAGAACAGCAGCGGAUCAAAGUCUGCUGUGGUUGCGGUGAGAAUCCUGGACACUCCAAGUGCACCACAGAAAUUUGCCGUGAAAGAGUUGAAGAAGGACUCCAUUACUCUGGCCUGGGACACGCCUCUGACUGACGGAGGCUCCAAGAUCACAAACUACAUUGUGGAGAAGAGAGAAUCUGUGCGUAAAGUCUAUACGACUGUCACCAGCAACUGCACAGCCAACUCCUUCAAGAUCGAGGAUCUGCCUGAAGGAGGAACCUUCUACUUCAGAGUGUGUGCUGUGAACGAGUAUGGAGAGGGCCAGAAAGCUGAGACUAAAGAGAUCAAGAUUUCAGAAGUGCCUCUGCCCCCAAACAAAGUCACCGUCGUGGAUCAGACCAAGACCAGCGUGUCUUUGGCCUGGGAGAAACCAGCCCACGAUGGAGGCAGCAAAGUUAUGUGCUACAAUGUGGAAUUCAAACCAAAGAGCGGAGACAAGUGGGGCACAGCCUGCACUGUCAAAGUCCCAGAGGCCAAAGUGGCCAACCUGACACCCAAUGAAGCGUAUCUGUUCAGAGUCGUGGCCAUUAAUGAGAAGGGCAAGAGUGAGCCCAAAGACCUGGGGCUGCCAGUCAUCGCGAAGGACAUAGACAUCGAGCCCUCUGUGAAUCUGCUGUUUACAGCCUAUAGCGUCAAAGCCAAAGACGACUUGACUAUCGAAGUGCCAGUGAGAGGCAGGCCCAAACCUGUUAUCUCAUGGAAGAAAGAUGGCCUGCCUCUGAAGCAGACCUCCUCCGUGACCGUGCUGAACACAGCCACCUCUUCUAAGAUUAUGAUCAAAGAAGCCAGCCACGAGCACAUGGGUAAAUAUGAGAUCACUUUGGCUAAUAGUGGAGGAACCAUAUCCACCGACAUCACUGUAGUCGUCCUGGACAAACCAGGACCUCCUAAAGCCAUCAAAGUGGACGCUGUGACCUCCGACAGCAUCAGCCUGUCCUGGUCUCCGCCUGAAUACGAUGGCGGCUGCUCUAUCAGUCACUACAUUGUCGAGAAGAGGGACACCAACUCCCAGGAGUGGCAGAUGGCUGCUGGGAAUGUGGCCAGAACAGCCUUCAAAGCUGGGCGCCUCACUCAUGGAGCAGAGUACCAGUUCCGGAUUUACGCUGUGAACAGAUACGGAAAGAGCACAUACCUUGACUCACCUGGAAUCACAGCUCAGUACAACUUCAAACUGCCCGGACCCCCCUCCACUCCCAUUGUGAAGCUAGCCACUAAGUCCUUCAUGAUCGUGACAUGGAAUGAGCCGGUGAACGAUGGUGGCAGCCCUGUGCUGGGCUACCAUCUGGAGAGGAAGGAGCGCACAAGCAUACUCUGGACCAAGAUGAACCGCGGCAUGCUCAAAAACACCGAGUACAAGGUCAGCGGCGUGGAUGAGGGCAUGAUGUACGAAUAUCGCGUUUAUGCAGAGAACAUUGCUGGCAUUGGUAAAUGCAGCAAAGCAUGUGAGGCUGUAGCAGCGAGAGACCCAUGCGACCCACCCGGAAUGCCCGUGGUAACGGCCGUAACCAGGUCCUCCGUGUCUCUGUCCUGGGACAAACCCGAAUACGACGGAGGCGCCAAAGUGUCUGGCUACGUUAUUGAGCGCAGAGAUCUGCCCGAAGGACGCUGGACCCGCUGUAACUUCACCAAUGUGGCCGAGACGCACUACGAUGCCACCGGCCUCACAGAGAAUAGCCAGUACGACUUCAGAGUCAUCGCCAAGAAUGCGGCCGGACUAUUCAGUGAGCCCUCAGACAACACUGGGCCAAUCACAGUCAAGGAUGACGUGGACCCGCCCCGCAUCAUGAUGGACGUGAAGUACAGGGAGACAGUGAAAGUGAAAGCCGGAGAGACGCUGAGAAUCAGCGCUGAUCUAGCCGGACGCCCCGCCCCUGUCGUUUCAUGGACCAAAGAUGGAAAAGAGAUUGAGCUGAGAGCCAGGAUCCAGAUCGUGUCCACAGACACAAGCACCGCUAUUGUGGUGAAGGACUGUAUCCGACGUGACUCUGGACAGUAUGUCCUCACACUGCAGAACAUUGCUGGUACUGUCACCAUGCCUAUCAACUGUGUGGUCAUGGACAAACCCGGGCCUUGCGCAGGACCCCUUCAGAUCACCGGACUCACAGCCGAGGCUUGCACUCUGUCCUGGGGCCCACCGCAGGAGGCUGGAGGAGCAGAGAUCACCCACUAUGUGGUGGAGAGGAGAGAGACAAGCCGCUUGGCCUGGACCCUGAUCAAAGGAGACAUCACUAAGACCUUCUACAAAGUGAAGGGACUGCUAAAGGGAGAGGAGUAUGUCUUUAGAGUGCUCGCUGUGAGCAAACAUGGCUCCGGAGAGCCUCUGGAGAGUGAAAUUGUAAAGAUCACUGAUCCCUUCACCAUCCCCACAGCGCCCAUGAGCGUUGACGUCACUGACAUCACCGGAGACACCAUGACCCUGACCUGGUGCAAACCUGCAGCGGACGGAGGCAGCGCUGUAAUCGGGUAUGUGAUCGAGCGCAGAGAGAAGACCGGCAUGCGCUGGGUCCGUGUCAACAGGAACCUGGUGACCGAGUGCACUGCCGUUGCCACCAAACUGAGGAAAGGCUGCGAGUAUGACUUCAGAGUGUAUGCCGAGAACGCUGCCGGCCUCAGCCCUCCCAGCGAACCCUCUGCCACCUUUAGGGCUACAGAUCCUCUGGUCAUUCCUUCUCGUCCUACCAAGCCCAAGAUCAUAAACUCAACUAAAGAUUCCAUCUCCAUCGUGUGGAAACCUCCGACUGAGGACGGAGGAGCACCUGUCCUGGGCUACAGCGUAGAGUACCGGGAGUACGUCCCUAAACCUGAGGUAGAGGAGGAUGAGGAGGAAUAUGAAGAGGAGGAAGAGGAGGAGUCUCCUGAGGAGCUGGCGCGUUGGGCCGAGGCCAUUGCUCUCACCAAGAGCUUGGAGUUCACUGUGAGCGGCCUGAAGACUGAUGCUCAGUACGAGUUCUGUGUCAAAGCCAUUAAUAAGAUCGGCCCAAGCGCCCGCAGUCCAUACUCCGAGCCCGCGGCCGCUAUGGACCGCACCUGCGAGCCCGCCUUCGACGUGGACAUCGAGAUGAGGAAAGUGCUGAUGGUCAAACACAAUGCCGCCUUCACCCUGAAUGUGCCUUUCAGUGGGAACCCCGCCCCCACAGCAGACUGGGCCAAAGAGGGAGUGGACUUGAAGGUCAGAGGAACUAUUGACUCCACAGAGUCCCACACCAAACUCACCAUUGACAAAGCCACCAGGAACGACUCUGGAGAGUACACAGUCACCAUCACCUCCCCUCUUGGCACCGCCACGCUGCCCAUGUUGGUCAAGGUCCUGGACUCACCCGGACCGCCCAUGAACGUAAAGGUGUCCGCAGUGACCCGCGACUCUGCUACGCUGACCUGGGAGGCGCCGGAGAACGAUGGAGGAGACGCUGUGAAGGCAUAUCACGUGGAGAAGAGAGAAGCCAGCAAAAAGGCCUGGGUUUGCGCCACCAGCAACUGCCACGAGCUGAGCUAUCGCGUGGAGGACCUCCAGGAGGGAGCCAUCUACUACUUCAGAGUCAUGGGAGAGAACGAGUACGGAGUGGGAGUGCCACAAGAGGCCAAGUCUGGCACCAAGAUCACAGAGGUGCCCACUGCGCCGCUGAAGCUUGGUGUGGUGAAUGUGACCAAAGACAGCGUGACCAUCGGCUGGACCCGGCCCGAGUAUGACGGAGGCAGCCGUGUGAGCGGGUACCUCAUUGACGCCCUGGAGAAGGGCCAGACCAAGUGGGUCAAAUGUGCCACGGUACGCACCAUGAACCACACCAUCAAAAACCUGCGUGAAGGAGCCGAGUACUUCUUCAGAGUGAGAGCGGAGAACCACGCCGGCCUCAGCGAAGCCAAGGAGAUGAUCGUUCCUGUGCUGGUCAAAGAGAUUCAAGAAGCCCCAGAGUUCGACCUGAAGAAUUACCCCAAAAACACGGUGUAUGUUAAAGCCGGGUCCGACCUCAGCUUUGAGAUCCCUCUGAGUGGACGCCCUCAGCCCAAAGUGUCUCUGUCCAGAAACAACGUGGCCAUCAAGGCUUCGGACAAGAGGCUGACCGCAGAGGUGACGCCCGACAGCGUGGUCAUCUCUCUUACUGAGGCCACCUCCAAAGAUGCCGGCAAGUACGAGAUCACUGCAUCCAAUGCCGGCGGCACCACCAAAAUCAGCUUCACCUUUGUGGUCAUGGACAAGCCUGGCCCGCCCAUCGGCCCCGUGGAGGUCGGAGAAGUGGGCGAGACCAGUGUGUUCCUGAAGUGGACACCUCCAGAGUACGACGGGGGCAGUCCAGUGACGCAUUACAUGGUCCUGAAGAGGGAAACCAGCACGCCGGCCUGGACAGAGGUCACCACCAACGUCGCCCGCAGCGCCAUCAAAGCCACCAAGCUGACUAAAGGAGAGGAGUACCAGUUCAGAAUCAAAGCAGUGAACCGCUACGGCAUCAGCGACCACAUCGACAGCAAAUCCGUCAUGAUCAAACUGCCCUACACCAUCCCCGGACCCCCCUCCACACCCUGGCUCUCUCUGGUGUCCAGAGAAAGCCUGACCGUGUGUUGGAAUGAGCCCGUGGCCGACGGAGGCAGCCCCGUGUUUGGCUACCAUCUGCACAUGAAGGAGCGCAGCAGCAUCCUGUGGCAGAAGGUCAACAAGACCGCUAUCCCUGGAAACCAGUGGCGCGUCACCAACAUCCUGCCUGGCAUGAUCUACGAGUUCAAGGUUGCGGCCGAGAACGCUGCAGGCAUCGGCAAAAUGAGCAAGACCUCUGAGGAGGUGCUGGCUAUCGACGCCUGCGAACCACCUGCUAAUGUGCGCGUGACAGAAGUGACCAAGAACUCGGUGACCUUGGGCUGGCAGCGCCCGCCAUAUGACGGUGGCAGUAAGAUCACUGGCUACAACGUGGAGCGCCGUGAGUCACCUAGUGGACGAUGGGUCAAAGCCAACUUUACCAAUAUCAUCGAGAUGGGCUUCACCGUGUCUGGCCUGAACCAAAAUGAGGCCUAUGAGUUCAGAGUGUAUGCCAAAAACGCUGUGGGUUCCAUCAGUAACCCGAGCCUGAUCGCCGGGCCGGUGACGUGUGUGGAUGCCUGCGGAACCCCAGCCAUCGACCUCCCACCAGAGUACCUGGAUGUGGUGCGGUAUAAGGCCGGUUCCACAGUGAAGCUCAGACUGGGCUUCACUGCCAAACCUCUGCCCGCCAUUGAGUGGACAAAGGAUGGCAAAGAGCUGGUGAUGACCUCCACCGUGUCUGUGGAGAGCACCACCGACUCCACCGCCGUCCUGGUCAAAGACGCUACACGCGCCAACACUGGAGCCUACGAAGUCAAGAUCCGAAAUGUCCUGGGAAGUGCCACAGCCACCAUCCGCAUGGAGAUUCUCGACAAACCCGGGCCCCCUGCCGGCUCCAUCACAUACACUCUGGUCUCGGCCGAUAAGAUCACAUUCUGUUGGGAGCCGGUGCCCGAGUCAGACCAGGGCGGAUAUAAAGUCACGCAUUACAUUGUGGAGCGCCGCGAGACCAGCCGCGUCGUGUGGUCCACUGUGUCUGACCACCUGGAGCAGAACCACGUCACCGUCGGAAAACUGGUCAGCGGAAACGAGUACGUGUUCAGAGUGAUGGGUGUCAACAAAUACGGCAUGGGAGAAGCACUGGAGAGCGAGCCUGUGAUCGCCAAGAACGCUUUCGUGACCCCUGGACAGCCGCGCACGCCUGAGGUCACCGCCAGUACCAAAACCACUCAGGUUGUGGAAUGGGGCAAACCGGGCGUGGAUGGCGGCAGCGCAGUGACCGGGUACUACCUGGAGCGUCGUGAUAAGAAGAGUCUUCGCUGGAUCAAAGUCUACAAGGACCCAGUUGCAGAGCCCAAGCAGACGGUGUACCACCUGACCGAAGGAAACGAGUACCAGUACAGAGUGUGUGCCAUCAACCGCGCCGGGGAAGGGCCUUUCUCAGACGCAUCUGACUACUACAAGGCAGCUGACCCAGUCGAUCCUCCCGAUGAGCCUGUGAAACUGAAGGUGGUGGACUCCACAAAGACCUCCAUCACCCUAGGCUGGUCCAAACCCGAGUGGGACGGAGGCAGCGAAGUCAUCAGCUACAUGGUGGAGAAACGCGUGGGCGAGGAUGAGGACUGGAUCAUGGUCACUUCUAAAGGAGAGGUGAAGACCACAGAGUAUACCGUCCACGACCUCAAACCCGACACAGACUACUUCUUCAGAGUGUCUGCGGUGAACUGCGCUGGGCGCGGAGAGCCCCUGGAACUCACUGAGCCAGUGCAGGCUAAGGACAUCCUGGAGGAAGCUCAGGUGGACACAGACGUUGCCAUGCGCACACACUACGUGGUGAAGGCGGGUAAAGAUGUGGAGCUGUCCGUGCCCAUGAAGGGGCGCCCAGCUCCCACCGCUUCCUGGUCUUUGGGCGAAACCUGCAUCGACAAAGACCCUAGGUUUGAGUUCCAUCACACAGAUACUACCUCCACGCUGGUGCUCCGCGAGGUGACCCGAAACGACACAGGAAAGUACCACGUGAAGAUCGAGAAUGGCGUGGGAGAGGCGAAGACCCUGACGCUGUCCGUGAAGGUCCAGGACAGUCCAGCGCAGUGCCAGAACCUUGUCCUGAAGGAAGUCACCAGAGGAAAAGUGACCCUGUGCUGGGAGCCGCCUCUGUCCGACGGAGGAGCCGAAAUCACUAACUACAUCGUGGAGAAGCGAGACUCCAGCAAACGCAGCUAUUCUGCAGUGACCAGCAAGUGCAUGGAGACCAGUUACACCAUUGAGGACCUGUCGGAGAAAACCUCCUUCUUCUUCAGAGUCCUGGCUGAGAACGAGAACGGAGUGGGCGACCCGUGUGAUACUGCUGAGCCGGUGAAGGCCACAGAGACGCCUGGCCCUGUGAAGGACGUGGGCAUGAAGGAUUCCUCCAAGACCUCCGUCACACUGCAGUGGGUCAAACCGGACUAUGACGGCGGCAGCAUCAUCUCAGACUACGUGAUUGAGAAGCGCACCAAAGGAGAGGAGGAGUGGUCAUCCGGAGGAACCAGCCGCCAGUGUGAGUUUGAGGUGAAGAAGCUGAAGGAGCACUCCGAGGUUCAGUUCAGAGUCGCUGCACGCAACGACAAAGGCCAAGGAGACUUCACCCAGUCUCAGCCCAUCAAAGUGGUGGAUUACAUCAUCCCACCUGAGGCAGAUCUGUCCGAGUACCCCGGCGGUCAGAUAAACAUUCGCCUGGGCCAUAAUGUUCAUGUGGAGUUACCGUAUAGAGGAAAACCCAAACCGUCGGUCAGCUGGCUCAAGGACAACCUGCCCCUGAAAGAGAGCGACCAGAUCCGCUUCAAGACCACAGAGAGCAAAGCCACGCUUAUGAUCAAAGCCGUGCGCAAAGAGAACGAGGGCAAGUACACGCUCACGCUCGACAACAAGGUGAACCGGAAGUCCUUCCACCUCCACGUGGUCACCCUGGGCCCGCCCUCCAAGCCCAUAGGCCCCAUCAAGCUAGACGAGGUCAGAGCCGAGAGCAUCACCAUCUCCUGGGAAGAGCCCAAUGAUGACGGAGGCGGAGAGAUCAGCUGCUACACUGUGGAGAAGAGAGACACAUCCAAGAAUGACUGGAAGAUGGCGUGUUCCUGCGUGACUGACACACAGAUCAAGGUGCCUAAUCUGGUCAAAGGUGUGCAGUACCAGUUCCGCGUGUGUGCUGAGAACCGUUACGGUGUCAGCGAGCCACUCCUCUCCCAGAUGGUGGUGGCCAAACAUCAGUUCAGACCCCCAGGACCUCCAGGAAAACCCUUCGUCUACAACGUCACCAACGACGGCAUGACCAUCCAAUGGGAAAAGCCAUUGUAUGACGGAGGCACGCCCAUCCAGGGAUACCACGUGGAGAAGAGGGAGAGCAACAGUGUCAUGUGGCAGAAGGUAAACACUCUGAUCGUGAAGGAGACUGACUUCAGGAUCCUGGAGCUCAUCGAGGGGCUGGAGUAUUCGUUCAGGGUCUAUGCCCAAAACGAUGCCGGAGUCAGCCGCAUGAGCGACGAGAGCAAACCCACCAUGGCUGUCAGCCCCGUCGAUCCUCCUGGUCAGCCGGACUACACCGACAUCACGAGUGACAGUGUGUCUCUGAAGUGGGAUGCGCCCAAACGCGACGGUGGGUCAAAGAUCACGGGUUACACCAUCGAGAAGCGCCAGGGCAAAGGCCGCUGGUUUAAGGCCAACCUGACGGACUGCACCGACUGCCAGUACACAGUGACCGGCCUCGCUACCAACGAACGCUACGAGUUCAGAGUGAUCGCCCGCAAUGCCAUUGGAGUGGUCAGCCCGCCUUCCAACUCAUCCGGUCUCAUCAUCGUGCGCAGCGAGAACGCCACACCCAACCUGGAGUUUGGCCCAGAGUAUUUUGAGGGGCUCACGGUCAAGGCGGGCGACAACAUCCGUCUGAAGGUGACGGUGACCGGGCGCCCAACGCCCAAAGUGGUUUGGUUCAGAGACGGCGUGGAGAUCACUAAGAAGAUGAUGGACAUCAUCACCAUCAAGGGCUCCAGCACUCUGUUUGUCCGAGACGCUGACCGCUCUCACCGCGGCCUGUACGCGGUUGAGGCCACCAAUGGAUCAGGCUCCAAGAGAGAAGAGAUCCUGGUCCAAGUGCAAGAUACCCCUGGAGAGCCGGUGGGACCCAUCGUGUUCUCUGACAUCUCUGAAGGGAAGGCUACUCUGUCGUGGAGUCCUCCUGAGAACGAUGGCUGCGCAGAGGUGUCUCAUUACAUCAUCGAGAAGCGUGAAACGGCGAAGAUCUCGUGGGCGCUGGUGACGGACGAAUGCACCAGUUGCACGUACAACGCCACCAAGCUCAUCAAGACCAACGAGUACCAGUUCAGAGUGUCCGCCGUCAACAAGUUUGGAGUGGGCCGCCCACUGGAGUCCAGCCCUGUCAUCGCUCAGAUGCAGUACACUGCUCCCGAUGCCCCGGGCACUCCCGAUGCCACAGAGGUCACUGGUGAGAGCAUCACCCUCUCCUGGACCCCGCCCUCGUCUGACGGAGGUAACCCCAUCCAGCACUACAUCGUGGAGAAGCGCGAGAAGAAGACGGUUCGCUUCUACAAAGUGAUCUCCAAGAAGCCGAUUGUGGAGUGUGCGCACAAAGUGAGCGGCCUGACAGAGGAUAUGGAGUACGAGUUCCGAGUGAUGGCAGUGAACGACGCCGGCGUGGGUGCGCCCAGUAAUGUGUCCAUACCUAUUAAAGCCGCGGAGCCUAAAGACAUCCCCUGUGCCCCGUCUAUCAUGUGCGUGUGCGACUCCACCAGCUCCUCCAUCAGCCUGGAGUGGACCCGGCCGGCUGACGACGGAGGCAUGGAAGUUCUGGGAUACAUCCUGGAGAUGGCCAAAGGAGAAGAGGAGGAGUGGAAACGAGUGAACGAGAAGGAGCUCAUCCCAGAGACACACUUCACCGUGAGCGGGCUGGAGAGCGGAGCAUCGUACAGGUUCCGUGUGGCGGCGGUUAACCAUGUGGGCCGUGGUGAAGUGCUGGAGUUACCGGAGCCGGCUCAGGCAGUGGAGCGUCUGACCGCGCCACAGGUGGACAUCGACGCUACCUUCAAACAGACACACAUUGUGAAGGCGGGCGGCUCCGUGCGCCUGGGUGUGCAUUACAGAGGGAAGCCCAUUCCCGCAGCCUCGUGGGCGAGAGACGAGGGCGAGCUGGGUGCUAUGACAGAGGUCCAGACCACAGACGGACACAGCUCCCUGUCCAUCGAGAACUGCUCCAGAACAGACUCCGGAAAAUACACCGUGAGCCUGGAGAACAGCAGCGGCAGCAAAGCCAUCACAUUCACUGUCAAGGUCCUGGACACGCCUGGACCUCCUCAGAACGUCAUGUUUAAGGACGUAUCUCGUGGCUCGGUCACUCUGGUGUGGGAGGCCCCGGUGUCCGACGGCGGAGCUAGGAUUCACCAUUACAUUGUGGAGCGUCGCGAGGCCAGCCGCCGCACCUGGACCCAGUCAGGAUCCAAGACCUCUGUCCCCGAGUUGAAGAUCGACGAGCUGCUGGAGGGAGUGCCAUACUUCUUUAGAGUCCUGGCCGAGAACCAGCAUGGCCUGGGAGAACCCUUCGAGAUCACAGAGCCUGUCAUCGCCACCGCUGAGCCGUCGCCACCCAAACGCCUGGACGUCUUGGACACCACCGACUCCACCGUGGUGCUGGGCUGGCUCAAACCGGAGCAUGACGGAGGCAGCCGCAUCCAGGGAUACCUCAUCGAGGCCCGGCCCAAAGGAGGAGACAAGUGGGUGGUGGUUGGCAACACCAAGAACCUCACCUACACCGUCGACAAACUCAACAAGAAUGAUCAGUACGACUUCAGAGUCAAGGCAAAGAACGAUGCCGGCCACAGUCUGCCCAAAGAAACCAUCGCAUCUGUCCUUGUCAAAGAGCCUCACAUCGAACCUGCUGCUGACCUCAGCGACAUCCCCAAUCAGCUCGUGUCCUGCCGCUCUGGCAGCACAUUCACCAUCGAGGUGCCCAUCAGUGGCCGUCCUGCGCCCAAAGUCUCCUGGAAACUAGAGGACAUGAGGUUAAAGAGCUCCGACCGUGUGAGUAUCAAAACCACUAAAGACCGGGCCAGCAUCACUGUGAAAGAAGCCAUGAGAGGAGAUGGAGGAAAGUACUACCUCACUCUGGAGAAUGCUGCCGGGACCAAGACCUUCUCUGUGGAGGUGAAUGUCACCGCCCGCCCCAGCCCACCCACUGGACCCAUCCAGAUCUCAUCCAUCACCUCCGAGUCCUGCGUGAUUGACUGGGAGCCGCCCGAGGACGACGGCGGCACUGCCAUCACCAACUACAUCGUGGAGAAACGUGAGUCUGGCUCCACAGCCUGGCAGCUCAUCAACUCCAGCGUGAAGAGGACAUCUCUACACGUGGGCCACCUCACCAAGUACAUGCAGUACACCUUCAGAGUGUCCGCAGAGAACCGCUUUGGUGUCAGCAAACCCACUGAGUCUGAGACCAUCGUCGCAGAGCACCCCUUCACUCCGCCUGGCCCACCCACUCGCCCCACUGUGUUUAAUGUCACUGCAAACUUCCUGACUCUGAAGUGGGAGGAGCCGUACAACGAUGGCGGCAGCAAAGUGACGGGCUACUGGAUAGAGAAGAAGGAGCGUAACAACAUUCUGUGGGUGCGCGAGAACAAGAUCCCGUGUUUCGAGUGCUACUACAAGGCUGAGGGGCUGGUGGAGGGGCUGGAAUACCAAUUCAGGGUCUACGCCAUGAACAGUGCUGGCCUCAGCAAAGCCAGUGAGGCCAGCAAGGGUGCGGUGGCACAGAACCCCGUGGACCCCCCGUCCAAACCUGAGGUUACCAACGUGACUCGCACCACAGUGUCGUUGAAGUGGGGCUCUCCUCUGAACGAUGGCGGCUCGCCCAUCGUAGGCUACAUCGUGGAGCGAAAGCCUUACACCAUCACGGGAGAGGGCCGCUGGCUCAAGUGCAACUACACCAACGUCACAGACACGUUCUACACUGUGACGGCGCUCGGGGAAGGCGAGCCGUAUGAGUUCAGGGUCAUUGCUAAAAACCAGAACCAAGUCUACAGCCUGCCCUCCGAAUCCACCGGAUCAGUGCAGUGCAAGACCGACUUUGAACCUCCUAAGGCUCAGUUGGACAGUAAGCUCUUGUCAGAGACUGUUUUUGUUCGGGCGGGGUCAGAUCUCGUUUUGGACGCAGCGGUCGGCGGGAGACCAGACCCCAAGGCCUCGUGGUCCAAAGGAAACCGAGAGCUGGAGCUGUGCGAAAAGUACCAACUGACCUACACACCCACCAAAGCCAUGGCGAUCAUCAAAUUCUGCGACCGCGACGACACCGGCAAAUAUAUCCUGACUGUGCGGAACGUGAGCGGAACCAAGACUGCUGAGGUCAACGUCAAAGUGCUCGACACUCCGGGCGUGUGUGAAGGCUCCAUUGACAUCUCGAAGGUCACAGAGGAGUCAUGUGUCCUCUCGUGGAAGCCGCCACUCGAGGAUGGAGGCGACGAUGUGGCGUACUACGUGGUGGAGCGUCGCGACACCAACCGCCUCAACUGGGUCAUUAUGGAUGCGGAGUGCAAAGGGCUGAGCUGCAACAUCAGCGGCCUCUUCAAGAACACAGAGUAUCUAUUCAGAGUGAGAGCCGUCAACAAAUACGGCCCUGGAGUACCUCUGCAGUCCGCUGCCAUGAUCGCACGCAACACAUUCACUGUGCCCUCUCCGCCCGGAGCACCCGAGAUCCUGGCAUCUGGGAAAGACUUUGCCACCAUUGAGUGGCUCAAACCCGAGUCCGACGGAGGCAGCCCCAUCCUGCACUACCUGGUGGAGCGGCGCGAGAGGAAGAGCGCCCGCUGGGUCAAAGUAAACCGCGAUGGGCAUCACCUUGACACCACCCUCAAAGUCUCCAACCUCACAGAAGGAAACAUCUACCAGUUUAGAGUAACCGCCAUCAACAAGGCCGGAGAGAGCGAAGCCAGCGAGGUCUCCCUGUAUGUGGUCUGCAGAGUCCCCACAGGUGUGCCCGCUCCACCCUUCAUCCCCCGCAUCACGGACACUCACGCUAACAGCAUCAGCCUGGCAUGGGUGCGUCCCGUGGAGGACGGAGGGGCAGAUGUCAUGGGCUACGUGCUGGAGGUGCAGGAGUCUGGAGCCGAGGAAUGGACCAAAGCUCACGAAAAGACGCUACGCUCCACAGAAUACACAGCCACCGGCCUCGCCGCCGGAAAGAAAUAUGUCUUCAGAGUCGCCGCCAUCAACAUCAACGGCACAGGAGACUUCAGCGAGCCGUGUGCCGAGACUGAGCCGGUCGAGAGACUGGAAACCCCAGACUUCGAGCUCCAUGACGACCUGAAGAAGACGGUGUGCCUCCGGGCAGGCGGCUCUCUGAGGAUGCAGGUGAACGUGACAGGUCGCCCCGCCCCUGCCAUCACCUGGAGCAAACCGGGCACCGACCUGCAGACCCGCGGCUUCAUCGAGGUCACACCCACAUCGACUCAGCUCAUCAUCGACAAAGUGCACCGCUACGACGCCGGAAAAUACACACUGACCGCCGAGAACAGCGCCGGGAAACAGGAAGUGAACAUCCUUGUCAAAGUCUACGACACACCUGGUCCCACUGGGCCAAUCAAGAUCAAGGAGCUGACCAAAGACAGUGCGACCAUCUCAUGGGAGGUCCCAGCGGUGGAUGGCGGUGCUCCCGUGAGUAACUACGUGAUCGAGCGGCGCGAGGCGUCUAUGAGAGCAUACAAAACCGUCACAUCCAAAUGCAACAAGACAUCUUACCGCAUCGACAACCUGCUGGAGGGAAUGUUGUACUACUUCAGAGUUCUGCCGGAGAAUAUCUACGGAGUGGGCGAGCCCCGAGAGACGCCCGACGUCAUCCUUGUCUGUGACGUGCCAAUGCCGCCCGCCAAGUUUGAGGUGACAGAUGUGACUAAGUCCACGGUGAGCCUGGGUUGGGAGAAGCCAGAGCACGAUGGCGGCAGCAGACUCACUGGGUACCUGAUCGAGGCGUGUAAGGUUGGCACAGACAAAUGGAUGAAGGUGGCAACGCUGAAGCUCACAGACCUGGAGCACACGGUGGAGAAGCUCAAUGAGAAGGAGCAGUACCUCUUCAGGAUCAGAGCCAUUAACAGCAGAGGACCCAGUGAGGCCAGAGAGCUGGUGGCCGGCAUCACAGUACAGGAGCAGAGAGUGAUGCCAGUCGUGGAUCUUUCGACGCUGCCUCAGAAGGUGGUGAACGUUCUGGCUGGAAAGACUCUGGAGCUGGAGCUGCCAAUCGUUGGACGCCCUCCGCCUGUCUGUGCCUGGUACUUCGCCGAUAAUCGCCUGAAAAUCACAGAACGCAUUAAAGUCAAGAGCACCGGCAAGAGCACCAGCCUCACCAUGGCAGACACCUCCAUCGACGACUCCGGAGAGUACACGCUGGAGCUGAGGAAUGCUGUGGGCACCGUCAGUGAAAAGAUCAAAGUCAUCGUCCUCUCCAAACCCGACGCGCCCGAAGGCCCCAUGCGUUUCGAUGAAGUGGAUGCCACCUCAGUCGUGCUCAGCUGGAAUCCUCCGCUCAGAGACGGGGGCGCGCCUGUCAGUGGGUAUGUGGUGGAACAGAGGGACGCCCACAGACCUGGCUGGGUGCCCGUGUCCGACUCCGUGAGCCGCCCCACCUUCCGCUUCACUAACCUGAUUGAGGGUGAUGAGUACGUGUUCAGAGCCGCCGCCACCAACCGCUACGGCACCGGGGAAUACCUGCAGUCUGAGGUGGUCACCUGCCGCAGCCUCAACGAUGUGCCUGGGCCUCCUGGUCGCCCCAUCAUCUUUGACGUUUCUCGUGACGGUAUGACGGUGGCGUGGGAUGCACCAAUGGAGGACGGUGGUUUGGAGGUGUCUGGUUACAUCAUCGAGAGGAAGGAGGUGCGCUCGGACCGAUGGGUACGCGCCAACAAGAAUCCCAUCACCAUGACACGUUACCGCUCCACUGAACUCACCGAGGGGCUGGAGUACGAGCACCGCAUCACCGCCAUCAACGCCCGCGGCACCGGCAAACCCAGCCUCCCCUCCAAGCCCGCCGUCGCCACUGAUCCCAUCGAUCCACCUGGAUGCCCGCAGAACCCUCGUGUCACAGACACCACAAGCUCAUCCGUGUCUCUGGCGUGGAACCCUCCAGACGACGAGGGAGACGCCCGAUUGGACGGUUACCUCAUUGAGAUGCAGAAGGCGGGAGGCGUGGCCUGGACCAAGUGCAACACAACGCCGUCUCUGAUCUGCGAGUACACGCUCACCAACAUGCCCCAAGGGGAGGAGUUCCACUUCAGGGUCAUGGCGUGCAACGCCGGUGGCUGCGGCGAACCUGCCGAGGUGCCCGGCGUCAUCAAGAUCACAGAGAUGCUCGAGUCCCCAGACUUUGAGCUGGAGCUGAAGUACAAAGACGUUUAUGUGGUUCGCCAGGGAGGAGUAGUGCGUCUGUCCGUGCCCAUCCGAGGAAAGCCACACCCGACCUGCGCCUGGUCCAAAGAUGGAGGCCCAGUGUCCACGGCCGCCAUGAUCGCCUUCACCGAAGACGCCAGUGAGCUUGUCAUUAAAGGGGCGGAGCGCGGAGACAGCGGUGUUUACAACCUCCUACUGGAGAACCGCGUGGGGAAGAAGAAGGCCCAAAUCAAGGUGAAGGUAAUUGGUCGCCCCAGUGCUCCACAGGGCCCCCUGGUGUUGGAUGAGGUGCAGGCCAACAGCGUCAGAGUGAGCUGGAAGCCCCCAAGUGACGACGGCGGCUCCGAGGUCCUCGGGUACAUCGUAGAACGCCGUGAAGCCACGAGAAAUGCCUGGUACACGGUGGACUCGCGAGUGACCGACACACAGCUCGUGGUGAAGGGACUCCGUGAGGGAACAGAGUACCACUUUAAGAUCACCGCCGAGAAUGCCUUCGGCAUCAGCGGAUCACUCAAGACGGAGACGCCACUGGUGCCCAAAACGCCACUGUGCGUCCCAGAGCCCUCCUCCUCGGCUCCUGAGAUCAUGGAUGUCACAAAGAGCUCUGUGGCUCUGUCCUGGGCUCGACCCAAAGACGACGGCGGUUCAGCCAUCAUCGGAUACUUCAUUGAGUUUAAGGAGGUGUGUGCCGAGUUGUGGAGUCGCCACGGUGCCAAAGUGACGUCCACCAUGUUCACUGUGUCCGGGCUGAAUGCCGACGCCGAGUACAGCUUCAGAAUCAUUGCCGUCAAUGACAUCGGCGAGAGCCAGCCAGGCCCCGCCUCCGACCCUGUCACUUGCAAAGAUCCAUUCGAUAAGCCAAGUCAGCCUGGAGAGAUCGACACUGUGGCGGUCACUAACACGUACAUUUCGUUGCGCUGGUCAGCGCCAGAGUGCGACGGAGGGAAGCCUGUUCUUGGAUAUUGGGUGGAGUACCGGAAGUCCAUCGAGAGCACCUGGAAAAAGUGCAACAAGCAGCGUAUAAAGGAGAUGGAAUUCCUGAUGCCGGGACUCGCCGAAGCCACAGAAUAUGAGUUCAGAGUGUACGCCGAGAAUGAGACUGGAGUGAGCCGACCCCGAAGAACAGCAACAUGCAUCAAGACCAAGCUUAUGGUGGAGAACAAGCCGAGCCUGAGGAAAGAGAUGGACGAGGUGACAUCUAAAUUGGGGCAGCCCGCUGUUAUGAAGUGCCAGAUCAUUGGGCGCCCGGUGCCCGACAUCAAGUGGUACCACGCGGGCAAAGAAGUGGUGGAGUCCCGCAAAUACGAGAUGAGCUCCGACGGACGCAACCACUCUCUGUCAAUCAUGACCGACCAGCAAGAGGACGAGGGCGAAUAUACCUGCAAAGCCACCAACGAAGCAGGCGAGGCUGAGACUACGGGAGUCCUGGUGCUGGAGGCCGCGCCGCGCUUCCACCCCGACUACCCGCUCCGCGAGACCUACCACGCUGGCCUGGGCACCACGCUGAGGAUCCACGCUGUGUACAUUGGCCGCCCGGAGCCCAAGAUCAUGUGGCUGCACGGAGCCAAGACGCUCGAGCCUACAGAUGACAUCAGCAUCGAGACCACAGAGCACUACACCCACCUAGUGGUCAAGAAUGUGCAGCGCAGAGUGCACGGGGGAAAGUACCGCAUCAGACUACACAACCACUUUGGACGUGCCGACACGGCAUUCAAUGUGGAGAUCUACGACAAACCCGACAUGCCCCAGGGCCCCAUCGUUCUGGACGCGCUCUUGAAGAACUCAGUCAUCAUUAGCUGGAGAGCGCCGGCGGACGACGGUGGCUGCAUGAUCACAAACUACAUCGUAGAGAAGCGCGAGGAUCAGGAGGGGGCACAGUGGGAGCUUGUAUCCUCCUCCAUCAAUGGCACGAGCUGCAGAGUACCCAACCUCGUGGACAGCGCUGGGUACUUCUUCAGAGUCUAUGCCCAGAACAAAUACGGCAACAGUGACCCGCUGGAACUGACCACACCCAUCCUGAUCAAGAGCCAACUCGAGAAACCGUCUCCUCCUUUGUCUCCAGUUGUUUCCGGCAUCACAAACACGUCCUGCGUUGUGUCCUGGAAGCCUCCGCUCAGCGAUGGCGGCUCCAAGAUCAAGUGCUACCACCUCGAGAAGAAGAACAAGAAGGACAAGAAAGACUGGGCAGAGUGGACCGCAGUGACCACAGACGAGAUCAAGCAGACUGUGUUCUCAGUCAAACGUCUGACCGAGGGAGUCGAGUACAUGUUCAGGGUCAAGUGUGAAAACCUGGGAGGCCACAGUGACUACAGUGAGGAGACUGCCCCCAUCAUUCCGACCACUCCGGUGGAUGUCAGAGCGCCUGCCUUCAAAGAGGAGCUGAGGAACCUGAGCGUCAAAUACAAGAGCAAUGCCACGCUUGUGUGCAAGAUAACUGGCCAGCCCAAACCCGUCAUCAAAUGGUUCCGCCGCGGCAAAGAGGUGCAUUCAGACGGAAAGAAAAUUAAAAUCCAGGAGUUCAAGGGUGGAUACCAUCAGCUGGUCAUCACCGAGGCCGACGAGGAGGACUCCACCGUCUACCAGAUCAGAGCCACCAACCAGGGUGGCUCCAUUUGUGCCACUGUGUCUCUGGACGUGGAGAUUCCUGCCAAGAUCCAUCUGCCCAAGAACCUCAAAGACAAAGAGGCCAUCCCAGCGCUGCGUGGCGAGGUGGUGAACAUCAAGAUCCCAUUCGGAGGAAAGCCUGACCCUGUCAUCACCUGGCAGAAGGGGCAGGAUCUGAUCGAUAGUAAUGGGCACUACCAAGUCAUUGUCACACGCUCCUUCACGUCUCUCGUCUUCCCCAACGGCGUGGAGAAGAAAGAUGCUGGCUUCUACAUCGUGUGCGCCAAGAACCGCUUCGGCAUUGACCAGCAGACAGUGGAGCUGGAUGUGGCCGAUGUUCCCGACCCGCCCAGAGGCAUCAAGGCCAGUGACGUGUCCCGAGACUCCGUCACUCUGAACUGGGUCGCCCCAGCUAACGAUGGUGGCAGCAGAGUCAUCAAUUACAUCAUCGAGAAGUGCCCAACUACAGCGGAGCGCUGGGAGCGUGUGGCUCAGUCCAGAGAGACACGUUACACCGUCAUUAACCUAUUCGGAGGAACCAGCUACCAGUUCAGAGUUAUCGCCGAAAACAAGUUUGGUAAGAGUGCUCCAAGCGAGACGAGUGGCCCUGUCAUGACGAAAGAGGACAAGUCCCGAGUUCUGCUGUAUGAUCGCGAGGUGGACGACUCCACCCGUGUGCCAAAAGGCAAAGCACCUCACUCAGAGGCCAAGAACCUGCACACCAAGUAUGGCAUCGCUGAGGAGCUGGGUAGAGGCCAGUUUGGAAUUGUCCACCGCUGCGUGUCCGUGAGCUCAGAGAAAACAUACAUGGCUAAGUUUGUGAAAGUGAGAGGAGCCGACCAGGCCAUUGUGAAGAAAGAGAUCGCCACUUUGAAUCUGUGCAAACACGCCAACUUCCUGCUGUUGCAUGAGUCCUUUGACAGCCCCGAGGAGCUGGUCCUUAUCUACGACUUCCUGUCCGGAGGAGACGUGUUUGAGCGGCUAAAUAGCACCGACUUUGAGCUGAACGAGCGUGAGGUUGUAAACUACAUUCGACAGGUGUGCUCCGCUCUGGAGUUCCUCCAUGGAGAAGACUAUGGCCACUUCGACAUCCGCCCCGAGAACAUAGUCUACACUACCCGCACCAGCUCCCACGUAAAGAUCAUUGAGCUGGGACAGUCCCGCCACCUGACUCCCGGUGACAUCAUCAAGGUCCAAUAUACCAUCGCAGAGUACGCAGCACCUGAGAUCCACCAGAGUGAUAUGGUGAGCACCGUCACAGACAUGUGGAGCGUGGGCGUCCUGGCGUAUGUCCUGCUCAGUGGCCUUAACCCCUUUACCGCCGAAACCAACCAACAAAUGAUUGACAACAUCUCCAAUGCCGCCUACAGCUACGACGACGACAGCUUCAAGCAUGUGAGCGUGGAGGCACUCGACUUCACUGACCGUCUCAUGACCAAAGAGCGUAAACACCGUAUGACCGCUGCCGAAGCGCUGGCACAUGCCUGGCUCACCAAACCCACAGAGGAGAUAAGCACCAGAGCCAUCCCCACCGGUCGUCACAAGAGGUACUACCAGGCCAUGGUCCGAAAGGAGUGGAGCACUGUGGUAUCGGCCGCACGCAUCGCCAGUGGCGGCUCCAUCCGCUCACAGCGUGGCGUCUUUGUGGCUAAAGUGAAGAUUGCGCCGUUCGAGCAUGGCCCGCUGGCCGGACAGAUCGCCCACUCUGUAGCAAACGAAGGGGAUGCUGUCAAAUUCAUCUGCAACAUUGAGAACUACGACAGCAGCACCGAGGUUACAUGGUACUGUGGUGUGCGACAGCUCGAGGCCAGUGACAAGUAUGUGAUGGAGUAUGAGGACGGACUGGCCAUCCUCAGCCUGGAUAAGGCCACGCGCGCCGACGACGGCACCUACCGCUGCAAAGUGGUGAACGAGUACGGAGAGGACAGCGCCUAUGCUGAGCUCUUCAUCAAUGGCGUGCGCUGUUACAGAGACUUCUUUACAACCAGAGUCGUGAAGAAGACAAAGCGUCGCGUUGACACAGCACGUCUGCUGCAGAAACCGCCCGAGUUCACACUGCCACUCGUCAAUAAGACAGCCUACCUCGGAGAGGACGUGCGAUUCGGAGUCACCAUCACCGUGCACCCCGAGCCCCGUGUCAUCUGGCACAAAUCGGGCCAGAAGAUGAUCCCGGGACAGGACGAUAAGAAAUAUACAUUUAUCAGCGACAAAGGCUUGUACCAGCUGAUCAUCCAUAGCCUGGAGGAAGAGGACGACGCUGAGUACAGUGUUGUGGCUCGUAACAGAUACGGAGAUGACAGCUGCAAAGCCCGGCUCACCGUGGUGCCCAGGCCCAAACCCGCUGACCUCACACUUAGACCCAUGUUCAAGCGUCUCCUUGCCAAUGUGGAGUGUCGCGAGGGCCAGAACGUGCGCUUUGAGAUCCGCGUGUCCGGAAAGCCGGCAUUGAAGUGGGAGAAGGACGGAAUGCCUCUGGCCUUCGGACCCUCCAUCGAAGUGGUGCAUGAGGGUCUGGAUUAUUUCAUCCUCCACAUCAGAGACACACUGCCUGAAGACUCUGGCAUCUACAGAGUCACCGCCACCAACUCUGCCGGCUCGGCCAGCUGCCAGGCCACGCUGAGGGUGGAGCGCGUCACCCAUGUGAAGAAGGAGCCAGAGCUGACUCCCAAAGAAAAGGAAAAAGCUAAAGAGAAAGAGGAGAUGGACAAGAAAGUGCGACUAUCUCAGAUUAUGGCGGGAACAGAUGUCCUGCCACUGCCUCCCGCUGCCAUCCAGGCCGUCAGAGAGGCUGCGAUGAUGUUCAAACCUGCUAUGACCACAAAGAAGGGCGAGAAGACGCAAGCGGAGAUCCAGAAGGAGAAGGAGGAAAGAAAGAGACGCGCAGAUGAGAAGAGGCUGCGUAUGCCAUAUGUAGUGCCCACUCCUCGGGCCGUUGACCCCGCGGUGCUGGAGGAGGACGUGCAAAUCAAAGUGUUCAAACCCAUGUCCGAUAUGAAGUGGUACAAGAAGCUGCGUGACCAGUACGAGUUCCCAGAGCCCAUGGAUAAGAUCCGCGAGCGGCGCCCCAAACGCAUCCGCCUGUCACGCUGGGAUCAGUUCUAUGAGAUCCCCAUCCGCAUAAAGGAGCAGUACAAGCCCAAGUGGAGGCUCCCAGCCAUGAGCCAGGAUGAUCUAGAGACAGUGAGACCCGCACGUCAUCGCACGCCAUCUCCGGAGAUGGAUGCGUACCACCGCAUCCGCCGCAGAUCCCUGGGUGACCUGUCUGACGAGGAGCUGCUCCUGCCCGUGGACGAAUAUUUGUCCAUGAAGAGAACAGAGGAGGAGCGCCUGCGUUUGGAGGAGGAGCUGGAGCUGGGCUACUCCAUGUCGCCCCCUAGCCACAGUCCUGUGCGCUUCGAGCUGUCCGCUCUGAGGCCAUCUUCUCCGCGACAUCUGCAGGAGGAGGGAGAGGAGCCACACUGCUACGACUCAUACAGGAUCCCCUCUAAGUACGAGGCCGGCCCCAGCUUUGUGGAUCUGCGUCAGCGUCAUGACAAAGCCACGUACAAACCGCCCAAAGCGAAGCAGAGAGUGUACGAAGAGAGAGAGGUGACAGAGCUGCUGCGCCCGCACACCACUGCCGGGCGCAUCUCCUCCUACAAGAGUGAGCUUAAACGCAUUGAGUUCGAGGAGAAAAUCCGCACCACCACAAAGAAAGAGAAGACUUCAGUGACCACCUACUCAGAGGAGGUGCAGAGCGAGCAUCUGACAGCCUUCACCUCCGAGUACCUCCCCAAACCCCUGAAGAAACUGCCCCCACCCGAGCCGGAGCCAGAAUCCACCCCCGAAAGGGCUAAGGUGGAGGUUACAUACCCCAAAGUCGACUUUGCAUCUCGAUACGAGGAGAGGAAACAGGCACUGAGAGCCGAGAGGAGGUCUGUGGAGCGCAGAGAGGUACCACCCCAGGUGCCCUUCAGCUUAGACCACCCUCCUCUCAUCACCAUCCGACUGCGGUCCCACCGCGUACCCUAUGGAACCAACGCCCGCUUCACCCUGAACAUCCAGGCCAAACCUGAGCCACAUGUCUCCUGGUCCCACAACGGCAAAGAGAUUGCCUCCGGGACCAAGUACCACAUAUCCAACGUGAAUGGCGUCCUUACGCUGCAGAUCAACCGCUGUGUGACCGAAGACUCCGGCACGUACCGUGUCGUGUGCCGAAACGCACGUGGCGAGACGUCUGACUAUGCCACGCUGGAGGUGGUUGGGGAGGAGUUUGCUGCUUUCUCCACUUUGACCAAGAGAGACGAGGAACCGCCGGCAUCGCACCUGCUGGAGAUGACCACAACCGAGGUCUACCACGUCUCCUCCAAAACAGUGAAGGAGACAAUCAUCAAGGAGACGAAACCCGCUGAGAAACCACCCAAAAUCCUAACCAAGCCCCAGUCCGCAUCUGUGGAGGAGGGAGAUAUGGUGCAUUUCUUGUGUGACUUUGAAGGAGAGCCUGUUCCCGUGGCAACCUGGAUUCACGAGGGCCAAAACGUGGGGCCGUCAUCACGACACCACAUCGUCUCCUCUCGGUCCUCUUCCUCAUUUGACAUCUCCUCUGUGGAAAUGUCAGACGCCGGCAGCUACACCAUCCUUGUGCAGAACUCCUCUGGGAAACAGGAGGCGCACUUCACCCUGAGCGUAACCAAAAACAAGGCCAAAGAAACUGUGGUCCGAGUGACCUCUCCCGAAGCCAAGUCUCCUCUGGCCAGGUCCCCCGAGCCAGAGACCAGGCUCAAAAGUCCAGAGCCCAUCAAGUCCCCCCCAAGAGUCAAGUCCCCAGAACCAAUCAAGUCCCCUCCCCGGGUCAAGUCUCCAGAACCCAUUAAAUCCCCGACUCGGGUCAAGUCCCCAGUCUCGCCCAAGUCCCCAACCCCAAAGUCCCCCACACCAUAAGGACUCUGGUCUAACAGCGGUUCCAACCCGGGACCGCCCAAAGGACUGCAGGACUGACUCCACACUCAUGGUCCAUGUAUAAAAGAUUUUAAAUUAUAGUUAUUAUUAUUAUUAUUAUUAUUAAUUAGCACCAAAGUCCUGAAUCUGGAUAUGUUCUUGUAAAUAACUUUUUGUACCAACCGUGACUUUAUGCCAAACUACAGCCAAACAUUGUGACGUGUACAUAUGUAUAUGUGUUAUUUAUGACCGUAAAGGAGCUGUGUGAAUGUAAAGCAGGAGAAAGUUCACCAGGAACGACUACCCUGCGAAACAGAAACUAAACAUGCGCCUCAACUCCAGGUUGAAGACUAAGAAAGCCUCGGUGGGUGGAGCGAUCCCCGCCGACGAUAUCAAACCAUAGAAUAUAAAAUAUAUGAUUAUAUAUAGAGCGUGUUCUGAGCUAAGGCCCCGCGUGCUGCGUGCACCACCCUCGUGUAAACAGCUCUACGGGCCUUGGGUUGAACCUGAACCAUUGAAUUACACUGAGCCCGAGCGUACGGCCUGCGCCUCGGGCUCACAUUCUGAAGAGCGCUGGGCCUGCCCCCGACGGCUCGCCAUGCCCCAAACACACCUGGCCUGAAGGGGGCGCUCGCGCGCUCUCUGGGGCUGGACCAGCGCCAUCUCCUGGAGGAAUCGUGUUAUGUUUGAGUGUGUUGUAGCUUUAGUUUCGUCACAGUCAGGGCAGAGCAGAGGUCACCUCCUGUCAGAGCCCUGCAGUUUGAAUAAAGUUUGUAGAAGUUUCUGUUCCUCCUCGAGUCUGGUUUAAAUAAAGCAUGUUUCAGCACAA